AUGCGCUCCGACUGUCACACGCGUGGAUCACAGCAGCCAAUAAAGUACAGUCUGUUGGUCCCGCCUCCUGUGACGGAGUUUUUGUGCGACUGGAGAAUUGAAUCUCAUAAGUCAUCAUCCGGUGUUUGUGUCAGUUCCUGGAGGAGCGGAUACUGCCCGGGGUCACUGGGGGGAGGUGAGUCCUAGUGAUAACUAGCCCGGGCACAGUCACUGCUGAGUGAUGUAAUACCCCCCCAGGGGCAGAUAGUCUGCAGGCAGGGUGAGGGCAAUCCAGGGUCUAAUGGAAGGAAAUGACAGGCUCUGCAUCCAUGGAGGGUGAAAUCAGCAUAGUUAGAGAAAUGGUCAGUGUCUGUACUGUGUGUGUGAGUGUGUGUGUGUCAGUGUCUGUACUGUGUGUCUGUACUGUGUGUGUGUCUGUACUGUGAGUGUGUGUGUGUCAGUGUCUGUACUGUGUGUGUGUCUGUACUGUGAGUGUGUGUGUGUCAGUGUCUGUACUGUGUGUCUGGAGUGUGUGUGUGUCAGUGUCUGUACUGUGAGUGUGUGUGUGUCAGUGUCUGUACUGUGAGUGUGUGUGUCGGUGUCUGUACUGUGUGUGUGUCAGUGUCUGUACUGUGAAUGUGUGUGUGUGGCAGUGUCUGUACUGUGAGUGUGUGUGUGUCAGUGUCAGUGUCUGUACUGUGUGUGUGUGUCAGUGUCUGUACUGUGCGUGUGUGUCAGUGUCUGUACUGUGAGUGUGUGUGUGUGUGUGUGUCGGUACUGUGAGUGUGUGUGUCAGUGUCUGUACUGUGUGUGUGUGGCAGUGUCUGUACUGUGUGUGUGUGGCAGUGUCUGUACUGUGUGUGUGUGUGUGUCGGUAGUGUGUGUGUGUCGGUGUCUGUACUGUGAGUGUGUGUGUCGGUGUCUGUACUGUGAGUGUGAGUGUCGGUGUCUGUACUGUGAGUGUGUGUGUCGGUGUCUGUACUGUGAGUGUGUCGGUGUCCGUGCGGCCAGUGUCUGUACCGUGUGUGUCAGUGUCUGCGUGUACCGUGUGUGUGUGUGUCGCGUCUGUACCGUGGAGUGUGUGUGUGCGUGUCGGUAACCGUACUGUGAGUGUCGGGUGUCUGUACUGUAGAGUGUGUGUGUCGUGGUGUCUGUACUGUGAGUGUGUGUGUCGGUGUCUGUACUGUGAGUGUGUGUGUCGGUGUCUGUACUGUGAGUGUGUGUGUCUGUACUGUGAGUGUGUGUGUCUGUACUGUGUGUGUGUGUGUGUGUCAGUACUGUGAGUGUGUGUGUCAGUGUCUGUACUGUGUGUGUCAGUGUCUGUACUGUGUGUGUGUGUGUCAGUACUGUGAGUGUGUGUGUCAGUGUCUGUACUGUGAGUGUGUGAGUGUGUCUGUGUCUGUACUGUGAGUGUGUGUGGGUCAGUGUCUGUACUGUGAGUGUGUGUGUGUGUGGGUCGGUGUCUGUACUGUCAGUGUGUGAACUGUCAGAAGCACCACCCUAACUGAGUGAGUGACAUCACUAAUAUGAUUUUUGCAUCUGCUUGUUGAGAAUUUGAGGUUUUUUAGUUAUACUGUGGCUACUACACAAUGAUAUUCGUAUAUUGUGGCAAAACUAGCCAUUUCUUAUACAUAAUACAUUCUUAUAGAUUUACUAUAUACAAAAGAUUGAGUUGGUUCAACUAUUUCUACUUCACGAACAGAAUAUGGACAUAUUGUUUGUCAGUCGAACCAACUACCGAACGCCGAGACCCUCCAGUGGAGUCGUUUGUCUCCAGUUAAGGAUUGUAACACUUGAAAACUGCAAGGUUCUUAAUGGUUGGAUGGGUUUAUGAACAUUUACAUUUGUUAGUUUGUUCGUGAGAACUCCCGAAAGGAGACCGGUCAUAGCCUUCAAUCGCAUGAAACUGUUUUAGGGCUUCACCUCGUGGCUGACGGUCUAAAACUUCACUCGAAUGGCUUUCCUGAUCUACUGAACGGAUCUGAGCAGUAUUUCGACAGAUUCGGAGCUCAGAUCCCUGCUAUUCGGUGAUGUGUCUUUCGUGGAGUUUAAAAAAUAUUUACCCCCAAACUUCUGGAAUAAAAGGGAAUCAUGACAUGUCACACAUGUCAUGUGUUCUAAAGGACCACUAUAGGCACCCAGACCACUUCAACUUAAUGAAGUGGUCUGGGUGCCUGGUCCUGCUAGGGUUUUUUUUUAUAAACUGUUAUAUUUAUAAAUGGGUUAAUCCAGCCUCCAGAGUCUCUAGUGGCUGUCUCAUUGACAGCUGCUAGAGGCGCUUGCGUGCUUCUCAGUGAAAAUCGCAGUGAGAAGACGCCAGCGUCCAUAGGAAAGCAUUGUAAAUGCUUUCCUAUGAACUGGCUGAAUGCGCGCGAGGCUCCUGCCGCGCAUGCGCAUUCAGCCGAUGACGUCGCUAUGGAGGAGGAGGAGGAGGAGAGCUCCCGCCCGGCGCUGGAGAAAGGUAAGAUUUUAACCCCUUUCUCUCCCCAGUGCCCGGCGGGAGGGGGACCCUGAGGGUGGGGGCACCCUCAGAGCACGAUAGUGCCAGGAAAACGAGUAUGUUUUCCUGGCACUAUAGUGGUCCUUUAAGGGGUUAAAGGAUCACUAUAGUGUCAGGAAAACAAAGCGGUUUUCCUGACACUAUAGUGCCCUGAGGGUGCCCCCACCCUCAGGGUCCCCCUCCUGUGGCGCUGAAGGUAACCUCUCCUCUCCGUCCGACGUCAGCUCCCUAGUGCUGAAGUGGUCUGGGUGACUAUAGUGUCCUUUUAAGGAGUUAUGAUGUUUUAAAAUAUUGUGUAAUUUUCUGUACUUAGGAGAUAAUCUAAUUAAAGAAUUGUUCUUGCUCAAUUAUCUUCCAAGUACAGAAAAGGAUCAUGGGAAAUAUUUUUUUGUUCCCUGUCUUCCACAAGGUCCACCAGCUGGAAACCCCUGGAAUGUAAUUAUAGAAACCCCUUGAAUGGGGAAUUGCAUAAAAUCCAGCUGUGGCUCAAUUAUAUCAGUUGACUCCCAAAACUGUGUUUCGUCUAGUUGUUGGAGAAUGGGAUUGGAAUUUGAACGCUACACUUAAUUGGAAUGCUGAUCACGUCUAGCAGCGGAGAUAUUGCUGUUAAUACGUCUACUCAGCUACAUAUAUGUUUGAGUUACACUUGUGACCCGCGUGACAUGAUUGAGCACCUCUAUUAUAGAUAUUAAAACAAUGGGUAACUAACCACAUAUAAUAACCAAGGAGAGAUCCCUCUAUUGAUUAACUAACCACAAUUAGUUUCCUACACCAUUUCCUUCACGGCUGGCUUUUGAAUUUGGAAAAAUUCAGUUUAUUCUGUCAAAAAAGCAUUGCCUUAUCAGGACUCUGACUAUUCAUUGGAGAUUAAGAUCAGUCUCCCAGUAGAGAAACAAGUGAGAAUCAAACCAGAAAUCUUGGGAAUUUUAAAAGUAAUACUCUAAUAUAUCAGGAAAGUCGUGAAGGUUCUGGGGUUCAUAACUGCUUCCACUGCAGUAGUAAAAUGGGCAAGGAAUAGGAUGCGUCCUGUUCAAGACAAUGUCUUGAGAGAAUGUAAUCACUCUAUAAAGUCUCUGGAUGGCCCAGUCUAUAUCCAUCCAAACGGAGCUCUCUGUUUAAGUGGUGGAUGAUUUCUUCUUUUGGGCAGUAAGCUACCUCAUGAUGUGAAAAGUCUUGAUCUCAACAUCACCUUGGCUGUAGAUCUUCAUUCACAAAGUACAUCCAGUAAUUGAAAAUAAAAGCAUGUCCAAUUACAGCAGAAAAUGGGAUGGACAUAUUUCAUGUUAAAGGGCACUUCCUCAGCAGCUCCCAUUCUGGUGCUGCUUUUCCUAUCCCCUUCAUCCUCUCCUAGCUUUGUGAAUUACCUGUAUUCACUUUGAGAGGUUUACUUUUUCAAGUGCUCUUGAAUAAUGUAAAGUCUAGGGAUUGCUAGCUUGGGGUUGGAAAGGAAUAAUAGUUGGUUGCCAGCAAAAUUUGCUUUCCUGAGCUCUUUACCUCCUACGUGAUGUCCUGAAUGCGAGGAACCCAGCUGUUGUUUUGUUAGAGUAGGGUGGAGAGUGGUGAAUUGACCCUGUCUUGUAUCCUGUCCCAGUUGGAAUACAAUGGAACUGAAGUUGUAGAUUGUGAUGUACACCUCGACCCUCUUUCAGAGAGAUGACGCUUUCAGACAGUCACUGCCUGCGUUCCCUACCAUUUAAUGUGAUUAUGGUGCAUACAGUGUUCCUUUAAGUUAUUCAGGGGGGCAUAUAUUUUCCUGUUUUUAAAGAAGUACACAGUGGUAUGGGGAGACAGCAUACAUUAUUGUGACAAAUGGCCUAUUUGCCCUGUUUCUUUUCUCCAUUUAAAAACUCGCAGUGCUAUUUUGCUACCAUCACUAGUGAUGAAAUACGCCCAGGUGAAGAACUAGAGUGUAUGUAGUUCAUAAUGCCACUACCCUGGCUCGCAGAAGCAGGACAGAUGUAUAAUUCUCUCAGGGCAGUGUUACAUUGUAGAUGCGAGUUCUACCUUACUGUAAAAUGUAGGAUUAUUAGAGGGGAAUGUUACAGCUAUGUUAGUUCAUGUGUAAUGUGUUCAGUUACUCUUUGCCUCAGGUAGAUGCCAUGCAGUCUGAUGGGAUUAUUAAAUUUCCCUAGCAAGCCAUUGUCAGAUGUUUUUAGAAGUGUCACAUCUUGACUAGUGGAUGGUUACAGUAAGAAUGUCAAGGAGACCAUUGUAUUGCAAGAGCUGGCUUUGACCAUUCCCCACUGUAAUUAAUAAACCUGCAUGCUUCUCCCUGUAUUAUGCAAACAAGUGUGUCAUGCCUGUAAAUGUAGAAAACGCUGUGUGCUCAUACAGUAAACUAGUUCUUUGGAGUUCACUUUUACAUCAAGAACAACCUUGCUUGUCUCUUUCUUUGUUGUAACUAUCUACUUUCUGCUAUAGUGCAGUCACUCACAGGAGAAUAGCUAGCGUUUUUUAGUGAGAUAGAAUAUCCUGUAAUACCCAGAGUAGCUCUGCAAUGGAUCCUGCUUUGCUGGGGGAUUAGCGACUCAAGUACCAGAAUCCUAGCGCUCAGUGUAGAAGAUCGUGCACAAUUAGGACUGAUACGCCUUCAGUUACAGACAUGCCAGGACCGUAUCACUUCCAACUGAAUUGCCAACAAGGAGAGACACUGCAUUUGCUAGCUAAAUACAGGCUAAUCAAAGAAUCCCACACUGGUUAUACUAGGCAUGAACUGGAGACGUCAGGGCCAUAUCGUCACAAUUAUAAGGAGUAAUUUAAUAAUCUAUCGUUUUACAUAAGAGGCAAUCAGAAAAAUACAAUACAACUAAAUCUUACUGGAGUUAUACUUGGUUACAUAGUUACCUUGUAGUCUAGGUGGAAAAGACUAUAGUCCAUCAAGUUCAACCUGGUAGCCCUUUUUUUUUUUUUUGUUAUGCUGUUGCUCAAAAAAAAAGGCAAAAAACCCCAAACUGUUGUAGCUAUUUCAAAUUAUGCCACAAAAAGACAAAACAAAUUCAUCUUGACUCCAUAAUGACAAGCGGCUAUCCCUGUGGAUCAACAACCUGUUAAAGGACCACUCUAGGCACCCAGACCACUUCAGCUUAAUGAAGUGGUCUGGGUGCCAGGUCCUUCUAGGGUUAACCCAUUUUUUCAUAAUUAUAGCAGUUUCAGAGAAACUGCUAUAAUUAUGAAUGGGUUAAGCCUUCCCCCUAAUCCUCUAGUGGCUGUCUCAUUGACAGCCACUAGAGGCGCUGCUCUCUCACUGUGAAAAUCACAGUGAGAGCACGCCAGCGUCAUAGAGAAAGCAUUGUAAAUGCUUUCGCUGAAAUUCCCGCACUUGCCGCUGCUGCGGCGCAUUCAGGCCGGGCGCGUAACGGAGGCGGAGAGGGAGGAGAGCCUCCGCCCAGCGCUGGAAAAAGGUAAGUUUUUACCCCUUUCCCCUUUCCAGAGCCGGGUGGGAGGGGGUCCCUGAGGGUGGGGGCACCCUCAGGGAACUAUAGUGCCAGGAAAACGAGUAUGUUUUCCUGGCACUAUAGUGGUCCUUUAACAUACAUAUUUUUUUUUACUUUUGCAACAUCCUUCUUUAAAAGCGGGUGCCCCAAAUUGUACUGCAUAUUGAAGGUGGUGUCUUACAAUCGAUUUGUAGAGAGGCAAAAGUAAUAAAUGCAUUACGUGAUUCAAAACCCCUUUCUAUACAGGAAAGUACCUUACUAGCUUUUGCAAUGGCAGACCGGGAUUGCAUACCAUUGUGAUCUAUAAUUGUUCCCAAGUCAAUUUUCAUUUAAUUUUAUCCCUAACUCAAUCCCAUUUAAUGUAUAAGUGGCAUCUGGGUUCCUUAUUACUAAAUGCAUGGCUUUACAUUUCCCUGUAUCGAAUUUUUUUUCUGCUACUUGCCUGCCUAGUCUUCCAAUUUCUCCAAAUCCCCAAAUCACACUGUCUUUCAUAAAACUUUGUUGAUUACUUGUAAUGAUAUUAUUGUUUAAAAUAAAUCCUUGAAUAUUGUCCCCUUAACAGCCCUUCAAAUAAUUUUCCAACCACAGAUGUUAAGGCAAUGGGUCUGUAGUUUGAGCUUUUGAACCCAUUAUUGUUAAUGUCCUAUCUGGUCGCACUGUUAUGGUUGUUCUGCUCCCUUAUAGGUUUGCCGUAAAUCCACAUAAAACCAUAUUUUGUGUUUUGUAUCUAUAAACUAUAGUAGGAAACAACAAUUAUCACUAUUUUUCAGAAAGAAUUUUCACAUAAUUGUUUUCUAAGCAAUUAAUAUUGAAACCAGAUUGAUACUUUUCUGGUAUUUACAUCACCAAAUAAAAUUUUGGAAAUCACCUGUAACAUAUUUUAAACUAAUAACUGCUUCUUACCGUUAUUACAGUCAAGGAGAGGGAGCGGUUAAUGAGUUCUCUCAUAUGCUUUUUAUCCGUUUAUGUUCAUCUUAAAUACCUAAUUAGAAAUGUAAUUAAAACAUUACUUGCUAUACAUACAUGUGUGUGUAUGUAUGUGUAUAUAUAUAUAUAUAUAUAUAUAUAUAUAUAUAUAUAUAUAUAUAUAUAAAAUAUGUGUGUGUGUGUGUAUGCAUUUCCUCUUUAAUUAAAUAUGUUCCCAUAAAGAGAUUUAAGAAAAAUCUGUUUGCUAGCAUAGGUUCUCUAGAGACCAGACUGGCAUGAUGACAGAAUACACUGUGUAAUGUUUAAGAAAAACUCCAACCGCAUAAACCACUUUAGCUUUGUUUUCAAUAGACAAUUGCCAAAACCCCUUCCCAGCUGUGAUGCAAUCAGCAAUUUAUUCUGUUUAAGAAGCAGCAGGCACACUGGGCUAAUGCACCCCUCCCUUCCUAGGGCGCUGUACUAGAGCUCUUUGAGAAGCAUUUGAAAGUUGCAGCAAUCACACUUGCAUGAGCAUGGCUAUGGCACAGAUACUACUUAAUGAGACGAUGUGGUGUAUUCCCUGGCACAGACAGAAUGUCUGUGUCCUAAAAGAGCGGAAGAAUUACAAAGUCUGCAGACAACAGUUCUAUACGUACUAACUUGUUAAAGUAUACUUUUCAAUAGAGUGUUCCUUUUAGGAUGUCAAAUUUAGUUUGACUUCUUUAUUCGUUAUGGACUAGCUCUUAAUUUUAUAUUUCCUUCUGUUUUGAUGUAGUUAUAUUUUAAUACAUCCUAACUUACUGUUAAUUACAUUGGCAGAAAUUCGGAAUCAUCUGAAGAAGUAUUUGGGAAUUAUGGCUGCAAAAUGAAGGAACAUUUUCACUGUGAUUACUGGACACCUGCAAAAUGUCACACAGAAGGUGCCUUAAAAAUAUUGCUGAGAAAAAAGUUAUUCUAAAUCAAGCAAAAAAAACAUUUACAUGUUCUGAAUGUGGGAAAUGUUUCACACAAAAAGGACAACUUACUACCCAUGAGAGAAUUCACACAGGAGAGAAACCAUUUCCAUGUUCUCAAUGUGGGAAAUGUUUCACCCAAAAGGGACAUCUAGCUAACCAUCAAAGAGUUCACACAGGAGAGAAACCUUUUUCCUGCGCUCAAUGUGGGAAAUCUUUCACCCAAAAGGGACAACUAGCAAAUCAUGAAAGAGUUCACACAGGAGAGAAACCAUUUCCAUGCUAUGAUUGUGGGAAACAUUUUACUACAAGAGGCGAACUAACUCUCCAUGAGAAAAGUCACACUGGAGAAAAACUGUUUGAAUGUGCAGAGUGUGGAAAAUGUUUUAGCCAAAAGGGCCAUCUCGCUAAUCAUGCAAGAAUUCAUACAGGAGAGAAACCAUUUCCAUGUUCUGAAUGUGGGAAAAGUUUUACAACUAAGGGGGAACUAACCAGACAUGAAAGAAUUCACACAGGUGAGAAGCCAUUCUCAUGUUCUAAAUGUGGGAAAUGUUUUACUACAAAGGGAGAACUAAAUAGACACACAAGGAUUCACACAGGAGAUAAACCAUUUGCGUGUUCUGAAUGUGAGAAACGGUUUACACAAAAGGAAAAACUAAAGCGACAUGAAAAAACUCAUACAGGGGAAAAACCAUUUGCUUGUUUGAAAUGUGGGAAGCGAUUUAUCCAAAAAGUAUUGCUAAUUAGACAUGAUAGAAUUCACUCUGGAGAGAAGCCAUUUGUAUGUUGUAAAUGUAUGAAACAGUUUACUGAAAAGAGUGCAUUGACUAGACAUGAAAGGAUUCACACUGGAGAAAAACCAUUUGCAUGUUCUGAGUGUGAGAAAUCUUUUUUCCAAAAGAAUCAACUAACGCGUCAUGAAAGAACUCAUACAGGGGAAAAACCAUUUGCAUGUUUUAAAUGUGGAAGAUGUUUUGUUCAAAAAGGCCUACUAAUUCGACAUGAUAGAAUUCACACUGGAGAAAAGCCAUUUGCCUGUUGCAUAUGUUGGAAGCAAUUUCCAGAAAAAGGCUCGCUAUCUAGACAUGAAAGAAUUCACAGAGGAGACAAACCAUUUGCAUGCUCUGAAUGUGGGAAAUGUUUUAUCACUAAGGGAGAGCUAACUCGACAUGAAAUUAGUCAUAUAUGAGAGAAUCCUGUCCUUUGACAUGGUCUGAGUGCGGAAAAUGGUUAAGACAGUAGUAACUAGACAAGAAUAUUUGUAAGCUGAAAUUUUUUUUUGAAUUUUAAGCGUUUUUUUUUUGUCCAUUAAAGACUUCACACUGGAAAUUAUUACUUUCCAUUUUCUGAAUGACUUACCCAAAAUAGGAAAAAUUUGAUUUGCAGAAAAAAAAAUCCAGCUGAUCAAUUUUUAAAUAAACUUUAAUAUGGGAGUUGUGACGGACCGCUGGCACUCCGACUGAGUACCUCCGCCAAUCGAUGCUCCUAGCGCUUGCUGAGGACUCCAACCACUCCAACCGACACCAUCAGCACUGCCGACCCCACUUCCAGCGAUGCAGCUGCGCUGGGGUCUCGCCUUCUUUCACCCACCCUGGAUCCAAGGCCAGGAUCCAGCUUCCAGUGGGCAGGCCUUUCUUCCUCCAGAGAGCGUAGCAGGAACAAGAACAGCUCUUAUAAGAGCUUACCCUGGGGAGUAUAAUGUGAAUGUAGCAAUCCUCAGAGUGUAGUUAUCCCAUCCCCCAAGCAUGAGCCAAGGCUUCAGGAAAGCAAAAGGCUUUCUUUUAUGCAAGUUUUUAUACACAAAGUACUACCCACAGGGGUUUGAAGAACAACCAAUAAAACACGUAACAUGCAGUAAAACACUCCCAUUCAUUCCCACUAAAUCCUCCCCUCUGCCUGUGAUAUAAUUACUGUAAACAAUGGGCUAAUGUAAUCAUCACAGGCAGGAAAAAUAUACUUUUUACUAUAACUUUAAAACUAUACAUCCAAUCUCCAUAAAAAGCACAUAUAUAUUACUCAGCAUACUUACAAACAUACUCAAAAUUCAGGAAAUUCCCUCCAGGGAUUAAAAAGUUAGUCGGAAGUCCGACAUGCGGUCGGUCAAUUUCCCUCAGAAAAAUUACUAAAUCCUAUUCGCAUGCACGAACGGGACACCGUUCAUGCAAGUAGCUUAGUCUCACUGUGUUCAAAUCAGCGAACAAGACUUAGACGCUGCGGCGGAAAACUGAGUGGAGGAGAAGGAAUGGGUCAGCGGUGUUCGUUCAAAUAUGUAGCCGAUUUCAGUUCCAUAGAUUCAGGGGCACACACCGCUGACCGCCACAGGAGAAUAAAGAUGGCUGCCGCCACGUGUUCGUUUGUAUGAACGUCAGCCACCCAGCGGUCGGCAAUUUACCCACAGCAACCUCACAUCCUGGGAGGUAAAUUAGCCACAUGAUUCCACUUCUGUGUAAGCCCCAUUUACUGAACCAAGUUGCAAAAGGCAAUAAUAAAGUAUUUUAGGGGACUGGGGACACAGUCUUAAAAGGGCAUUGUACACCAAAGUCUCAAUUUGUCCCCAGGCAGUUCUUAAAGGGCCAUACACAUCAGGGCCAUAGUCAGAAGGCAAGAGGCUAGCCAUUAGUCCUCUCCAGGCCCAAGUGGCGAUGUUAAUUUUGCCACAGGAGUUUUAUGUUCAGUAACUGCACAUACAACUGUUAACACAAUAAAAAUACAGGUAGUCAGAAUGUAUUGACAAAACUUAUAUCCAAAAUGUGGUGCCUAAAAUGCUUAAUGCCAAUAAUAUGGCCACAUAGGCACAAGGUCAGGGAAGACAGUGAGGUUCAUAGUCAAUAUUUGUAUCCAUAAAGUGGGAAGAAUAUUCAGUAGAAAGUAUGUAAUAAAUAAACAUUGAGGAGCCAGCGUUGUUCUGACUUAAUUGUACAUGUUGAAACCCCCAGCAUCAUUAGGUCAUAUUGUUUGCUUCAAAAGAGGAUAGGUGUUGAUGUAUCAUGUCACAAGAAAUGAAGUGUGUGCCUUUGGUUAUACUGCUGAAAAUUACAUCUGUUGUAUGUGUUCCCAUAGACAUGCCAACUCUAAAACAAUGCUUGUGGGAGCCCAAGAUUGAGGUGCAAAUUGCUAUUGUAAUUGUAUUCUGAUUUAAAAAUUAUUUUCUUUAGAAUCAUGUCUUACAUGGUGUGAUAGGAUCCAUAAAGGCAACAAGAUAUUGGUAUAUUCUGAGUGUGACUAAAAUGUGAUACAAGAGCCUGGCUUUUCUGUUCUACUGUCGCCAAUGUAAUUCUAGUAAAAGAGGAGAAACUUGAACCUGUGCGGGAGAGGAAAUCUGCAGACUAUGCUGUUUUUAAUGCAUGGAACCUUCUUUCACUCUAGGGAAAUUAUUUUUAUAAUUUAAAAAAAAUCAAGUGCCUUGAGCUAUAUGACCAUUUUGUGAAUGUUCGUAAAAUUCAGUUCAGUUCUGUAACUAGUGCAUGCUCAGCUCUGUGGGUUUCACUAAAUUAUGUCGUUGAAUACGGAGAUACAAAGAAAGGAUUCCAUUUUCUUAUUCCUUCUAUUGAGGUAGCUAAAUAUUUCACAGUAAUCUAAAUCAUGCUUGUUCUAAACUGCUACCAUCAUACUGGGAUCUUGUUACAUUGAUAUUUCAAUUUAUUCAUUUAUUUUUUUCUCCAAAUUCACUUUUUCCCAGUUUAGCAAUGCUCUGUCUUCUCCUCCUCCUCAUUUCCUCCAUCCCCCUCAAUAUCAAAAUCUCUCCUUACAACCACAUUCCUCAUUCCCCAUCUCUGCUACACUCCCCUCUUCUCUCAACUCGUUCCCUGCACUCACUUUUCUGCUCCCUCUCUCCUACCCACAAUCGAUGUCAGCCUAGACCCCUGUCACGGCUUACCUUGGUGGGAGUCCGUUAUGCUGAGAUAUGCUCACCCUUGCAAUUGGUCAGAGAAGAACUCACCUGGCCUGUGAGUCUGUGCACCGGGGCUGUGCAGGAUGAUGCUCCAAGUCGCAGUACAGAUAUGGACAUAAACGGGAGAAUCGUCGUGGUAAGCCAAAGGUCAGUGGGUUCCAGAAAUCCGGAUAAACGAGUAGAGAGCCGAGGUCAGGAAUCAACAGGGGAACACUGGAACACGAAACAGCAAUACGAGAACCAGAGUCAAUGAACUAACACUGCCCUCGGGGAGAGGCAGUGUCUUAUACCUGGCUAAUUGGUGAUCAGCCACAGGUGUGCUGAGAAUGUUGAAGCAGCCUCAGAAUAACGUCCAGCCUCCAGUGCUGGAUACAAGGCAAGAUUAUACUUCAUUACUCGAGCUGUAUAGUGGCUCAGAGGCCAAACAGCAGUUCCAAGAUUGCAAAGUACCCAGGUUCAAAUCCCACUUCUGGGGCGACCUCGUCUGGCAGUCUGGAUGUCGCAGUGAGAACUGUGACAACCCCAUGCACUUAAAACACACUCACACCUGUCACUAUCUCUCCUCCUUCUUUAAGCAGCUGGUGAUAUCUCUCCAAACCCAGGACCCUUCACCUUCUCUGCACACUAACACAACCAGAAACCACACAAACCUCAUCACAAUACCAUGCCCUUUACCCUCAUUUGCCAGCAUUCAGUGUGCACAGUGGAACUAUCUGUCCUCUAACCAGACAUCAUGUCACCUCCUACACUUAAAGUGCCCCCAACUACAACCUUGGCACACCAAGCUGACUUGAUACCUCCAAAAAUUCUCCAGAACUGCUGAAUGCUGCUGGAGAAAGUCUCACUCAGCAUCUGACUUUCUCCACUAUAAAUCUAUGCUGAGUUCUUACAACUUGGCUCUUUCCUCUUCAAAAGUACAUUACUUAAAUACCCUCAUAACCACAAUCUUCCGCGAACUCAAAUGACUAUUUGACACUUUUAACUCUGCUUCGCCCUGUUUCUCCUCCUCUUACUACCAACUUAACCGCCACAGACUUUGCAACUCACUUCACUGACAAUAUUUCUACAAUCAGGGAAGAGAUCUCUCAUCUCUCUCCUUCCCCUUACAAUACUUCCCCCAACCUCACUCCCUCUGCUGUUCUAUGUUUAUUUGCACCUGCUACAGAGGAAGAGUUCUCUGAUCUGCUCCAUUGAUCCUAUUCCCUCGCAUCUCAUCUGUACUGUCUCCUUCUCUUUCUUAGCCUCUCACUAAUCUCAAUCUCUCCCUCUCCUCUGGCAUAUCUCCCUACAAACAUGCAACUAAAAAAAAAGUCCAACAUUGACCCUAUGUCGCUUCUGCCUUUUGCGUCCAAGAUCCUUGAAAGACUUGUGUAUGUGAGAUUGACAGACUUCAUUGAGUCCAAUUCUUUGAUUGACCCACUUCAGUCUGGUUUCUGCGCUCAGGACUCUGUGUUAACGGCUCUGACCAAAGUAUCAAAUGAUCUACUUGCUGUAAAAUCUCAUGGUCACAACUCUAUCCUAAUUCUCCUUGACCUUUCCGCUGCUUUUGAUCGUCAACAGCUUCUUCUCAUCCUUCGUAAUCUCGGUCUACAAGAUAUUUCUCUCUCCUCUUACCUCACCCAGUGCUCUUUUAGUGUCACUUUCUCUGGCUCUGCCUCUUCCUUCCAAUCUCUCUCUGUUGGUGCCCCCAAGGUUCAGUCCUUGGUCCAUUACUCUUCUCAAUCUGUACUGCCUCCCUUAGUAAACUCAUUGUGACAAAACCAACCUCGCCACUGGGCAUUGGAGAAGACUGAUUGUCAGCCUCCUGCCAUGUGACUAUGGCCCCUGGGUCGUAUUGCCCUGUAAAGACAUGAUUUGGGCAUAAGGGAUUUGUGUCGUACUGCUGCUGGCCCUUUAAGAACCAUCUGGGGACAUACUGUGGAGUUACUGGGUAGCCACCAUUUCCUGUAUCAGAUGCACAUGGUGAGAACAAUGGAUGAAGCACAUGGUAAGAACAAUGGAUGGCUGCCAUUUUAACUCACAGACACUGUUUGGACUUUUCAACACGGUGCCAUCUCGCCGGUAUUUGGUGCACAGAGACAUCGUGCAGUGGUUUUGGACUAUACAACAGGGGACACAUUAUACAGUAAUUGUUUUUCAUUGAGCCUGCAUAUGUUCUGUGGAAUCUGCAUUAAACUGUAUCUUCCAAAGUACUGAAUGGAUCUGGGUGAAUUUUGGAUAUGUGGUUCACCCAGAUCCCCCGGUUCCAAGGAUAUGGGGUUGUUGCAUGUUUUGGGGUCCCUGUGAUGUGUUUUAUGAUACUAUAUUUCUCUGCCUGUGAUAAUUAGAUUAACCAUUGUGUUCAGUAAUCAUAUCACAGGCAGAGGGGGGGAUUUUGUGUGGGAGUGUCUGUGUGUAUUGUACAGAUUGGUUGUUCUGUAAAACCCUGUGGGCAGUACUAAGUUUGUGGAUUGGGAAUAAAAGAGGCUGUAUGUGCCAAUACAGUCAGUUCCUGCUUAACCCUCAAAGUGAAGUGUCGUCUCAUUAUUGGGGGAGGAUUUAUUGUAUGCUGUUCCAGUUGGACUGCUAGGAGUGUAAACCUAUUCGCAUGGCUUUUCCUAUUCGGCUGUAUAUAACAUUCAUAUGCUUAAAAGUACUCAUAUGCUUCUCCAGUUCGGUGAUUGUGGUGUCUGCCAGAGUGCUUGGAGCCCUUAGGAAGUGCUAGGAGCAUCCUUCAACGGAGGUACCCAGUCGGGGUGCCAGGUGAUCCGUUACACUCAUCCUUUGGCUUCCAAUAUCACUUCUAUGCGGAUGACACAGAAAUCUAUCUGUCCUCCCCUGAUCUCUCCCACUGACUGCCUCUCUGAUAUUUUUAACUGGAUGGCUGCCCACUUCCUUAAGCUCAACUUGUCCAAGACAGAACUUCUGGUCUUUCCUUCCUCAAGUGUUGCUACUCCCGUCUCUGUCUCCCUCCAAGUUAAAGGACCACUAUAGGCACCCAGACCACUUCCACUUAAUUAAGUGGUCUGGGUGCCAGGUCCAGCUAGGGUUAACCCCUUUUUUUUCUAUAAACAUCGCAGUUUCAGAGAAACUAGAUAAACUGCUAUGUUUAUAUUAAGGUUAAUCCAGCCUCCAGUGGUUGUCUCUUGACAGCUGCUAGAGGCGCUUGCGUGCUUCUCACUGUUAUUUUCACAGUGAAAAGACACCAGCAUCCAUAGGAAAGCAUUGUGAAUGCUUUCCUAUGGACUGGCUGAAUGCGCGCACGCCUCUUGCCGCGCAUGCGCAUUCAGCCAGUGACAGGAGAGGGGGAGGAGAGCUCCCCGCCCGGCGCUGGAGAAAGAGGUAAGUUUAACCCCUUCCUCUCCCCAGAGCCCGGUGGGAGGGGGACCCUGAGGGUGGGGGCACCCUCAGGGCACUAUAGUGCCAGGAAAACAAAUGUUUUCCUGGCACUAUAGUGGUCCUUUAAUGGUGCUACCAUCAGCUCCACCAUGCAGGCUGCCUAGCUGUUCUCUUUGACUCUGACUUGUCCUUCACCCCUCAUAUCCAGUCUAUCUCUAGGGCUCCUAUGGAACUCCCUUGUCUUUUCCGUUAGACACUCACCCAGUCUCCACUCCUUCAAAAAAUCAUUUAAAAACUCACUUUUUCACAGUAGCAUAUCAAUUAAACUGUUAAUGGCUCCAAAAAAAAAAAAACCACACUUAGUCUUCAUUAAAUACUAUUCUACCAAUCUACUUCACUAAUACUUCCCUUACCUUUUUGUGUCACUUUACCCCACUCCGUCUACAUGUAAGCUCACUGGGCAGGGCCCUCAACCCCUCUGUUCCUGUGCGUCAAACUUAUCUGGUUACUAUUACAUGUUUCUUAGUCCACCCAUUGUAAAGUGCUACGGAAUUUGUUGGUGCUGUAUAAAUAUAAUAAUAAUAAUUUGUGUAAAUUUCUAGUUAGGAUGUUUUUAGUUGACUAAUUCUUGUGGAAAAUGUGUAAAUACAAUUAGUUAACACUUUGACAUUUGUAAAUACUGCCAUGUAAACUUUAAAACUAAAGUUUGCAUUAGAACCCCAGCUGUUUUCCUUAAUUUAUGUUUCUUUGCCGCUGAACAUUAGUGUCAAAACUAGUAGAUGGGGCUUUCCAUAGAGCACCUGAUAACAUAUGCACACCCCUGAGAAUAGAUUUUUUUCUUUUUUUUGUAUUAUUAUUCUUGCACCUGGCAGUAAAUUAAAAAUUAAGAGACCAGUAUACUUAAAUAUGAGGUCCUUUUGUUAAAGUUUUACAUUUAACAGGAGAGUAGGAAGGUUGAUGCUGGCUAUGAUUCUGAAAUAAAUAUAUGGAGAUUAAUUGCAAUCAGUAGGUGGAAUAUGUGAGGCAUUAAACCAAGGUGACUAGGGGUAGAACUACGGGCAUUGCAGCCAGGGUGACCUCACUAUUGCCCCAGAUGGCUGCCGCUCAUCAUGAGAAUUUGGACACCGCUGCUUUGGAGACCUUCCUAGCUUCUCUGGUACUGCAUAUAAUUUCUACUGUACAAAAGAUUGCUGUGGGGAAUCCCACACAAACACACCCUUGCAUUUAAAUGCAAAAACUAUACAUUUACUGACCCAUGCAUUCAAACAUCAGUAUUAUAAACAAAAGCCUCCAUACAUUUACACACAUUUCAGAAAAUGUACGUUCACACACCGUGCCUGGUGUCAAUUCUGUGCAUAAAAUACGUCUGUCGUCAGCGCACACUGGAUGCUGGUGACAGACAUAACUCCUUCAAUUGUUUUCCCUCCUAUACUGAGGGAAGCCCUCCCUUCUUCCAAUCCCAUCAGCAGUUUUUAAAUUUGGUAUCCUGAGAGUAAUCCACUCUGGAUUGUAUAUUAAUAGUCAGUGUAAUAUCCAUUUGUCGCUGUUAGGGUGCACACUACUCCAAGCAUGCUUGUGAAUUGCUUCGGGAGAUACAGGGGUUAAAACAAUCAUUGUUUGUUUGUCUACACUAUGCUGAAAAUGAUGAUUACUAAAAUCCUACUUCACACCAGCCACUAUUACCUUUUAAAUAUCAAGGCAAGGCAGAUUGGUUUUCCUAGCAGAAUACAUUACCAAGGUUAUUCACUAAGAUGAUAAUUUGGGUAAUUAAAAGUGAAUUUCAAAUUUAAGGUCAAAAUACCUGAAACAGAAAAAUUCUCCCAAUCAGCAAUGCUUUCAGUAUGGCUACUCUGGCCUUCUAAUUACUUUAAAUUCUCUGUAAUUCUCCCUUUAAUGAAUAACCCUGCUAGUAAUCAAAAAUACUAUCAUAUGCAUCUCUUCAGGUAACAUGAUUCUUUACCAAAGACAGGACUUAAUAAAGCAAUAUUGUUUUAGGAGCAGGACAUUGUCACAAUGCAUAGAUUAAAAAAAAUUGACGAAAAACAUCAUUUUAAAAAAUAAAAAGGAGAAAAUGACAAAUCUUUAAUACUUACAAUGAAUGUAACAGCUGAGUAUCUCAUGUUUGAGGGAGCACAAGUAGGCACCCACCCAGAUUAGAUUUGGCUACCUAGCUAAGCAUGCUUAGUUGCAUUCCAUAUUGUAGAAUAUUACAUAUUCUGUUCACAGAUUCACAUUAGACAUCGGUGUCUACUGAGCAUAAGUAACAGAUGGAAUGGUAUCAAUAACUGACAUGGCUUUCCUUGUCUAGUAAUUUUAAGCAGAAUAAACCGUAAGAAGAAAACGUAAGUGUAGUGAAUACUGACAUUUCUAACUUACACACAGAAGAAAAUGUAUAUAUAGAUAUGUAAUAGCAUUAUGGCCAGACAUUUGAAAAAUAAAAAUAUUUUUUUUUUGUACAAUUUAAACCCCAAUCUUAAUAAAAGGUAUUACAAAACCAUGUUUAUCUUUUGCUAUUUGAUUGACACAAAUGUAUACAUCUGCUACUGGUCACAAUUUAUCCUUUUCAUAAACAUCUUACAAGAUAUCAAGGAGAGAGGUGGAAUUUUGGGCACUUGUAUGUUGAGCGUUUGGCAAAUGCUGUUCAUGACACUCCCACAGAAAACACCAUAAUUGAGUAAAGAACUGUACAAAACUCAAUUCUCUCCAGGCACAGAAAACACAUAUUUCACAAACACCCCAAAAGUACCUUAAAAAUACAUACCCUCCCCCCCCCUAAAAGUAACAUCCCCUGAUAGCCCUGAUCUGGAUGACCAACAUAUCCAAAAAUCACCCAGAUCGGUUCAGGCGUUCGGGAUUUCCCUAAAAGUCUUAAUGUGACCGACCGGACACGAGGCUUCUGCCCAAAACAGUUCCAUAGAAUCAGGACAGGCAGUCGGUCGAGUUCAGUAGUUUUAAAUCGAACAAACUACCGAACAUAGUCAAUAUUCUUACCCUGGAGCUUGUUUCCCUUCAUCCAGAUGAACGAUCCCACCAAACAGUGUUCUAAGUUGUAUAAAAACUGAACGCAGGCGGUCAUGGAAGUCCAGCGGUGUUCGGGACUUUCACUGUCUGAUUUUAGUUCCAUGAACUCGAUAACCAAACACCGCUGUCUGCGUUCAUGUGAACAAGAUGUCCACUACCUCUUAGUCAUCCACAGGAAAUGCGGCCACCCAGACGAACACUGCAGUUAGGAUCGUUACAAUACAUCCAUAAAGCUUAACAAGCUCCAGGGUGGUCUCUGGUUCGUGCGUCUGUUUGGUUCCUGAACCAUAUAAUCCAAAUACAUAAAUGGAGACUUUUUACAGUGUAUAUUACCGGGCCCAUAGUCCAUGGGCAGGAGGCUGGCAAGCAGGCUCCUCCAGGAGCUUGUGGCAAACUCACAUGAAAAGGGGAGUUUGCCACAGUCACCCUUUUCCAAGAAAUAACAUAUAACUAUCCAUAGAUGGUCUGUCUUAAAGGAUCACUGGUGAUGAUAUUUAUUAAAUGGCAAAUGUAGGAAAAUGUAUACAAAUAUCCCCAGUAGGGUUAUAAGUCUAGUGAAAAUAUAUCUUAAUUUCUUCAUCCAGAGGUAUAUAAGGCAACAGAAAGGAGUAUAACAAUUUCACAGCUUAGAAGUCUUGUCAAGCCAACUCAUAAUGUCUCCUGCAGUUUGUAAAAUGUUUAAAGGGACACUAUAGUCACCAGAACUACUACAGCUUAUUGUAUUUGUUCUGGUGAGUUUAAUCAUUCCCUUCUGGCUUUUUGCAGUAAACACUGUCUUUUCAGAGAAAAUGCAGUGUUACCAUUACAGCUUAGUGAUAACUUCACUGGCCACUCCUCAGAUGGCUGUUAGAGAUGCUUUCUAGGGGCAGUGCUGCACAUUGUGACUGCCAUUUAGUGUCUCCAUCCUCUGCAUGCAGACACUGAACUUUCCUCUUGGAGAUUCAUUGAUUAAAUUCAUCUCUAUGAGGAGAUGCUGAUUGGCCAGGGCUGUGUUUGAAUUGUUCUGGCUCUGCCCCUGAUCUGCCUCCUUGACAAUCUCAGCCAAUCCUAUAGGGAAGCAUUGUUAUUGGCUCACGCAACAACUUCUGAUUAUGUCAGCAGACAGCUUGCUAGUCUUAGACUGUAGCGGAGAGGCAGUAUAAUCCACAAUAUCUCCGCUGGGUAACAGGAACAACAAAGGAUAAUCCAGGGAAUCAGCAUACAAUAAUCCAAACAGCACUGCAGUAACCCUUCCUUCCCAAGAACUAGACGACACAUAGGCUGGGAGUCAACUGAGGUUUCAAUCACAGGUCACAGUAUUUAUGCAGUUCCCCAUGCAAGGGGUUUCCUUACUGACAUUACAGGGGUUGUACAGGAGGGGACUACAUGGGGGACUUACCUUACAGCAUAUUUCUCCCAUCAGGCACCGCUGCACGAGAGGGAUAAUCUUCCCAGAAUGCACCGUUAAGUGGAUUAUCCCCUCGUGCAGCAGAACCGAUAAUUCACAUAAAAAUCAAUAACUUGGUGAAUAUAUAGUGGAUUUACACGAAUGGACGUUCGGUAGAUAGCUGGGGUCUGAGGGUAUCAUUCGUGAGAUUACCGCUCAGAUCCCUGCUAAAAUAACCGAACGCCGCACGAACAACACAAUUCAGAUAAAACAUACAAAAAGAACCGAUUGCUAUUAGGGAACAAACUCCCGAACGUCCCGAAACUCACGAACGUCCUGGAGGCUCAGCGGGGCUCAUGCCGUCGAGUAGCCAUUUUUAGUACCAGGCGCUCGACGACAUAACCCCGCUGAGGGAACAAAGGAUCCAAGAUGGCCGACCGCCGCAUGGUCGGUAGUCGAACGACGGCCACCCAGGAGAGCCUCUAAUAACCGAUUGCAACAAUGUUGCAAUCGGUUAACUAGCGCCACACGCCUCUGAGUGUGUGGGCUAUUAGGGGGUAUCGCAUUCGCUUCACGAACGGCCCUCCAAAGUGCCGUUCGUGAAACGAACGAGAAUCCCCAUACAAACCGCCAUUUGCAUUCGGCGGAACAGAUAGGUACAGGCAAUGCAGGGAAUACAUGAAGCAGACACAUACAGGUUAAAACGCAUAUCUCUUCAGACCUACAGGCAACCCUUAAAGGCAUAGUGUCCAGUUAUAGUCCGAGUGGCUAGGUUUGCCACAUAGACAAACAGCAUGCAGAGCUACAGCUUCAGGCUUAAAAACAAGUAAGAUUUUGCUACACCUAGGGAGGCAUUAGGGGGGCUAGAUGGUGGUGUUAACACUAUAGGGUCAGGAAUACAUGUUUGUGUUCCUGACCCUAUAUUGCUCCUUUAACAGAAAUGCUGUAUCAGCAGCAAGGCCAUUGUAAGGUAUUCAAGUUUCAAGCUACCUUUGUGGUGUUUAUAGUUGGGUAUUUACUACAGUAUAUGUAAAAUGAGACGGAGGCACUAUCAAGAGCACAGUACUUGCACUCUGAAUGAAGGUCAAGCACAACCUAAGUAGUCAACCAUUUCACAGAAGCUGUGAAACACUUAUUGUAAGCAAACCUAGGAUAUCCAAUCCUCAUUCGGUAGUUUCCUCCCGAACACCCAGAACAUCAGUGAUUAUAGCUCUCCGUUCGGUAGUUGAAAUAAACGAAAUCCAUACGAAUACAAUAGCUUUACAAGAUGAUUCCCUUAGUAAAGCAUACGAAUCCCCAAACAUCAGCCGAAGUCUAGAAGAAGGGUGCAACAGAACUGGCUUUUAAUGAUCACACACUGGCUUUUAUGCAAGUCCCCAUGCAAGGGGACAACCCACAGGGAGGGACACAGUACAACCAAUCAUUUACAGGAAAAACGUAAAACACAGCACAAACAUACAAUUCCCUUCUCUAGUCCUGGAGAUAAUCAAGUCUUAUAAAGUAAUAACUUGUUUAUCUCCAGGCAGAAACAAUUUUUCCCAAUAUUUAGAACACCCCUUUAGGCAUAUGGUAUCCCCACAAACAAUGUCCCCUGAUAGCUCCAAUCUGGGUGACCAACAUAUUCAAAUUUCACCCAGAUCGGUUCAGGGGUUCUCAAAAAUGAUGGAAGUCUUUUGUGACCAGCUAACCGCGAGGUGGCUGCCCAAAGCAGUUCCAUGAGUGUGGGUAGUUUUGCCAGUCUAUUUUGUUAAGUAGCAAAAACCGAAUAAUCCCACGAACAGUUUCCCCUGGCUCUUAGCAGCGAUUGUUCCCCUCAUUCGAAUGAACAAAAGUACCGAACAGCACUCUUCUAGCUGUUCGGGAAAUGAAGAUUCAGCGUUCGUAUGUUGAGACCCGUGUUCGGGAAGUCGAGUGUCCGAUUUUAGUUCCAGACACUCGACGACCAAGUCCCGCUGCCUUUGUUCGCAUAAAAAAAAAGAUGGCCGCCGUAUUCUCAGCCAUGUGGCGUUCGGUAGUACAAACGGCCGCACAAGUAGAGGGUUCAAUUGAGGCAUUCUUUGAAGUUUAACGAGCCAGGGGGGUGGUCUCUGUUCGGUAGUUACAUCUACAGAAUGAACAGGGGAGAAAUACUGAACAUAAAGAGGGAUUUCUUCACACUUAUAUUUUCAUUUUGUUUUAAGUAAAUCAAUAAAUCUAAAGUGUUUAUUAAGAAAUCCACACAAGUCUGAUCAUGUUGUAAGUUUAGUAUGGCACACCGGAAUAUAUGUAUAUAUUACCUAUGUUAAAGGACCACUAUAGUGCCAGGAAAACAUACUCGUUUUCCUGGCACUAUAGUGCCCUGAGGGUGCCCCCACCCUCAGGGACCCCCUCCCGCCGGGCUCUGGAGAGAGGAAGGGGUUUAACACUUACCUUUCUCCAGCACCGGGCGGGAAGCUGUACUCCUCCUCUCCUCCUUGCUCGCGACAUCAUCGGCUGAAUGCGCAUGCGCGGCAGGAGCCGCGCGCGCAUUCAGCCGGUCGCAUAGGAAAGCAUUUACAAUGCUUUCCUAUGGACGCUUGCGUGCUCUCACUGUGAUUUUCACAGUGAGAAGCACACAAGCGCCUCUAGCGGCUGUCAAUGAGACAGCCAUUAGAGGCUCUGGAGGCUGGAUUAACCCUCAGUAUAAACAUAGCAGUUUCUCUGAAACUGCUAUGUUUAUAAAAAAAAAGGGUUAAUCCUAGAGGGACCUGGCACCCAGACCACUUCAUAAAGCUGAAGUGGUCUGGGUGCCUAGAGUGGUCCUUUAAGCCAUUUUACUAGAAGUCAAAAGAUUAUACAUACAUUGGAAUAAUAAUACAUUAUUAUUUUUUCAAAUCUUUGUUUUAUUGAGGCAGUAAAAAGACACAAAACUUCAUUUUAAAGGGACACUCCAGGCACCCAGACCACUUCUGCCCAUUGGAGUGGUCUGGGUGCCAACUCCCACUACUCUUAACCCUGUAAGUGUAAUUAUUUCAGUUUGUUAUAAACUGCAAUAAUUACCUUGCAGGGUUAACUCCACCUGAAGUGGCUGUCUACAAGAGGGCACUUCCUCCUGCAUAGCACAGUAAUGCAGAGGAGGAGCGGCGGUGGAGGGAGAAGCAGCGACGUGGGACAUGUUGCCUCUGGUAAGUCACUGAAGGGGUUUUCACCCCUUCAGCAACCGGGGAUUGGGGGUGGGAGGGAGAGGGGACCUGCAGUGCCAGGAAAACUGAUUGUUUUCCUGGCACUGGAGUUUCCCUUUAAGUAUAGUAAGAAUGAGUAAUAGAAAAAACUGUGGUUAGUUUGCAACAUCACAUUAUUAAAGGACCACUAUAGGCACCUAGACCAAUUCAACUCAAUGAAGUGGUCUGGGUGCCAGGUCCCCCUAGUUUUAACCCUGCAACUGAAAACAGCAGUUUCAGAGAAACUGCUAUGUUUACAUUGCAGGGUUAAUCCAGCCUUUAGUGGCUGUCUCCCUAACAGCCACUAGAGGUGCUUCCGCGAUUCUCAGUGAGAAAAUUGCAUUGAACUCACGCAGCGUGAGUUCAGAUCCUCAUAGGAAAGCAUUGAGUAAUGCUUUCUUGUGGGCGGUUUGAAUGCGCGUGUGGAUCUGGCCGCGCAUCCGCCUUCGGCUCCACUCGGGAGCUGACGUCAGCAGGGGGAGGAAAGGGUGACCAGCACCGAGGGAGCCCAGCACUGGAUUAAGGUGAGUGGCUGAAGGGGUUUUAACCUGUUAUGGGCAACUGCAAAUAUUGUAUUUCUCAAACUGUGUACAUUGUCUUUAAGAGAUAUUGCAAACUGACAAGGUGUUAGAAAUGGAACAUAUUGUUUUUCAUACAUGUUCCGUAAAUCAAUAAUCUUUUACCCACUUUCAGUGCAUGCAUAAACAAGCUUCAAGGCUAGUUACGACUCUUUUAGUACAUAAUAUACUGCGUUAACCCUAAAUAGAUAAAGAUGUUCGGACUUUAAGAUGCCAUCUUGUCCUAAGUCAGGGAAUUUCCCAUGACGUGUGCACCCUUAAGUUUUAGUUAUGGCCUUGUAUUUUUGCCAAGUUAAGGAAGGUCCCAGGAAAGAACAAAAAUAAAAUAAGUUACUUUUUCAUAUAUGAACGACGGUAACCCUAAAAUGAAGACACCAAAGGUAUAAAUAUGUGUACCUUUUAAAUGUUAACACCUGGAGAGAUUUGGAGACUCUGCUCCAUCUUAUAAUGAUGACAUGUUCAGGAGGGUGUGUUAAUCUAUUAAUGAUAUGAUUAAGCAUAUAGUUAAAUCUUGUAAACUCUCUGCUAUAAAUUAUUGUAAUGGAUUUUAUAUGUCUAUAUUUAUAUUUUUAUUUAAUAAAACAUCUAAAAGACAAAACUUUAUUGCUUCCAAGAUUUUUUUUAUAUUGUAUUCUCAAUUAUUUAUAUAUUUUAAAUAGAGGAUCUCUAGCUAACUAUAUAACAUUAUGGCUAAAGAUAUCUGUAUGGUUAGCCCUGCUAAGUUGUAUGCUUUAAGACGUUAUAGUGGUUAAUAAGGGAACCGGCUGCGGUUACAAACCCCUUCAGCCCAGUGGGAAGGGGGGACCUAAUAACCUUAUAGUGCCAGGAAAACAGGUUUGUUUUACUGGCACUAUAGUGUUCCUUUAAGCAUGAUAAUAAUGCACAUGCAUUACCGUCAGUAUCCUGGACAUUUUUACAUAUGUAUGUUAAUAGGUCAAAUAUCAGGAUCACCAACAACUAACAUACCUGGAUGUGCUCAUGAAUAAGUUGGUCUCAAAGUUGGCUGCUAUGUGGAAUCUCCACACUGCCCUAAUGUACUAGUGCCUUUACUUCAAUUUUCAGAUCUUGGUGUCCUUUCUUCAAAAGGUCAUUGCAAUGUGCUAUAUCCUGCAAAGAACACCAUGUAUUUAUUGUGUUAAUAGGUGUUUAGGAAAGUAGAGAAAGACACCACCAGAGCAAUCUAGACAAUGAAAACAUGAUCUAUUUCUCUAGUGCAAGCAUUCUCUGUUGGUCAAGGAUGAGUGUGUGUAGCCUGAACCUGCAUUAUCUUGGGGUAAAGAGAAUAGAUAUUCCUAAGAGGAAAUUUGAUCGUAUCUGUACACAUUCAAAGAACAAAAAAGGAGUAGCUCACACCUAUGGUGGUAGGAAAAACUUAAUGUUUAAUAAUAUUAUUGUAAAAUCACAAAGUAUUCAAAAUACAAGACAAUCAUAAUGCAGUAUAGAUAAUUAUAAAGAAAAAAUAAAACGUAAUAAAAAGCAACCAGGAAUGUAGGAAUGUAUCACAGAGCCCAUCCAUACAUCUAACAGUAAUGUAUAAUGUUUAAGUGCAUCGCCGAGCUCAAUACCAAUAAUGUGCAGUGUUGUUAGUGAGUGGUGGGUUGCUGAGUGUUUUGAGUGCGGGUGUAUGUGUGAUUGGAUGAGUAUGAUUGUGUGUGGGGGUUUGCUGGAUGUGGUGUGAUGGCAUGUGGUAGUUGUGCUAAUAGGCAUGAGUAGAAGGAGAGUUGGGUAAGCAUAAUGAAAGGAAAGAGGGGGUGAUGGGAAGGAGCAUAAGGAUAGACGGAAGUGAUGGAGGAUAGAGAGGGAACGUUAGAGUAAUGGGAGCAUAGAGACAGAUGGCAGUAAAGGAUGCAUGGGGAUGGCUGUCAGUGAUGGUAGAAUAGAAAGGGAGAGAGAGGAGGUUAAGGACGGGUGAAUAAGAGUGAUGAGUGGACAGUGAAGGUGAAUGGAGUGAAGGUAAAUAGAGAUGCCUAGGAGUAAUAGGAAAGUAGCAAAGGAUGCAUUAGAGCAAGCUUCCUCAAACUCUGGCCCUCCAGAUGUUGCUGAACUACAACUCCCUUGAUUCUAUGAAUGAAAUAGAUAGGCUGAGAAUCAUGAGAGUUGUAGUUCAGCAACAUCUGGAGGGCCGGACUUUAGGGAAGCCUGAAUUAGAGUGAUAGGAAAGAGAGUGAUGGAUUGGCGUGGUUGAAGGAGAGGAAAUGGGUGGAAUAGAUUGAUGAGAGGACAUAGGGUGAUGACAAUGUAGGGCGGGGGAAAUUGGAGUGAUGGGAAUAUAAGGAAAGAUGACUGCGAGUCAGAGGGAAAAGGACACAAAGAAAGGAAUGAAUUAUAGUGAAAGGAGCACAUUGAUGGAAGGGAAUGAUAACAUAGGGUGGUAGUAGUCGAAGUAGUGCCACCCCUGCACGAUUCUACCACUACCCCUGCACGAUUCUACCAACGGACCAGAGAGAUCUGAACUAUAAAGAAACCAACGGUCCUCUGCUCCUAAUGCAGGUUUCAUUAUAGUUCAGAUCUCUCGGUGGAUAACUGUAUAAAUGGGUGUGACGAGACCAAUCUCGCCACAUUGCAUUGGAGAAGCCUGGUUGCUCGCCUGUUGCCUUUGGAUUAUGGCCCCAUGUUAAAAGGCUUGAUUUUCCCCUGCAAAGACAUGAAAGCCGGGUCAUUUGGUGCUUGCCCUGUUUGAGCGGUGAUACCCCAGAUAGCUAUGCCAUGGAGCCCAUUCGUAUAAUGAAAGACUAUGGGAAAGACUUUGGCUCUAUGGCAAUUGAACUGUAUGUGUGUGCUCUGAGCGCCAUUCAGUAAUAAUGUGCGCUCAGAUCUGAGCUAUCUGGGGAUAUGUACCUGUUUUGUGCAAUGGCUGUAAGGUGACAGACCCAGUCUCCAUUCCCCAGCGGCAGGCUGAGUUACAGGGGGCAGAGACAGUUGGUCCUGUCCCCCAGCGGCAGUGUACCUUGCAGGGAGAGGAGAGCAGCGUCCUCCCUCCCCAGUUGCAGGGUGAGCUACAGGGAUACUGGGCCGUCGGCUCAGAUCCCCAGCGGCAGUGUGAAUGGCAGGGAAUUGGGAGCCCGGUCUCCAUUCCCCAGCGGCAGUAUGAGUUAUUGGGAAUUGGGAGCCCAGUCUCCAUUCCCCAGCGGGAGAUAUUGCAGGGAAUUGGGAGCCCAAGCUCCAUUCCCCAGCGGCAGGCUGAGUUUCAGGGGACAGAGAUAGUUGAUCCUGUCCCCCAGCGGCAGUGUACCUUGCAGGGAAAGGAGAGCAGAGUCCUCCCUCCCCAGUGGCAGGGUGAGCUACAGGGAUGCUGGGCAGUCGGCUCAGAUCCCCAGCGGCAGUGUGAAUUACAGGGAAUUGGGAGCCCAGUCUCCAUUCCCCAGCGGCAGCAUGAGUCAUUGGGAAUUGGGAGCCCAGUCUCCAUUCCCCAGCGGGAGAUACAGCAGGGAAUUGGGAGCCCAGUCUCUAUUCCCCAGCGGCAGAGUGUCCUACAGGGAAAAGAGAGCCCAGUCUCCUUUCCCCAGCAGCAGGACUCUGUAUUGGGAGCAGAGACAUUCGGUCUCCCUCCCCCGCGGCUGGAAGUAUAUAUGGGAGAGGAGCUUGUUACCCCCUCUCCCCAGCGGCAGCUUAACGUACCAGGGGGGGACAGUAAACCCCACAACCGUGCAGAUGGGACCAUGGUCUCUGCACUUACAGCACAGUGGGUAGGGACGGUCGGUUCUGCCCCCCCAGCGACAAGGCUGUUUAGCCAAAGGGGAGACAGUCGCUCUCCCCCUCCAGCAACCGAGCGGUGUAACCAAAGGGGAGACAGUCAGUCUCCCCCUCCAACAACCAGGCUUCAACCAGGCUACUCCCGUGGUAGCGCUGGCACCAGGGCAGAGUACCACUGGUCUCUGCCCACUCAGCAACCCACCAAGUCAUCUUACCAGUCACCCACACAGCCGUGGUGAGGCACCUGAACAUGGACAAAGUUCUCCUCUACCCAGGUGUAGUAACCAUUUAUUGUGGGUGGGCUGUAUUACUGUUGUGUGUUGUGGGUGGGCUGCUGGACUAACAAGGGCACUUACCGGCAGGAGGUCAGAUACCCUGUUAGUCUGUUUGGAAAAGGGGAGAGAUGUGACGAGACCAAUCUCGCCACAUUGCAUUGGAGAAGCCUGGUUGCUCACCUGUUGCCUUUGGAUUAUGGCUCUGUGUUAAAAGGCUUGAUUUUCCCCUGCAAAGACAUGAAAGCCAGGUCAUUUGGUGCUUGCCCUGUUUGAGCGGUGAUACCACAGAUAGCUAUGCCAUGGAGCCCAUUCGUAUAAUGAAAGACUAUGGGAAAGACUUUGGCUCCAUGGCAAUUGAACUGUAUGUGUGUGCUCUGAGCGCCAUUCAGUAAUAAUGUGCGCUCAGAUCUGAGCUAUCUGGGGAUAUGUUGAAUGUACCUGUUUUGUGCAAUGGCUGCACAGUUAUAUGUUUUUAUAUGUUUUAUUGUCUUUUGCUGCCAUGUGUUCAAUGGAGUUUUGCCUCUGUCUUUGGAGAUAAUUGGAUUACUUCCCAAUUAUCUCCAGGAUAGAAGACUCUGUGGAACUGGUUUUGGGCAGAAAAGCCAUGCUUCCUUUGGUCACAAAGGACUACGAUCUAUCUUUUGAACCACUGGACCAAUUUGGAUGAUUUUGACAUAUGGUUUUAUGUGAAUGUGAUGCAUACUUUUCACGUUAUGAAUAAUGUGGAAAAAUUGUAUUUCUCUGCUUGUGCUAAUUACCCAUUGUGUAAGGUAAUUGUAUCACAGGCAGAGGGGAGGAUUUUGUGUGGCCGUGUCUGAGUGUAUUGUAUAUGUUUAUUGGUUGUGUUCCAAAACCCUGUGGGUGGUACUAAUGUGUAUAUAAGAACAAUAAACCCACAGCUCUGGCUGUUCACUGCUUGACCCUCAACACGGAGCUUUGUCUCGUUCUUGGGGGUGAUUUACUGUAUGCUGUUAGAGACUGAUUGCCAGGAGUGUAAGCCGCUUGGGUGCUUUUCCUGUUCAGCUGCUAGCAGCUAUUCGUAAGGUUCCAGUUCGGGAGUUUGGAGCAUUCCCUUGUAUCCAGUUUGGUGUUCUGCAGUAGCUGUGCCUGUGUCUCUGGAAGGGAAGAUCUACUAAACGGCUGUUUAACCCUUUUAUGCCUGGGGGUGCCGUUACAAUGGGUUUGACGAGAAAGACUUAUCUGGCGAGGGGAGCAUGGUUAAGGAGGCAGGCGUAUGGUAUCGCAUUCUGCAACACAUUUAUUUAUUUAUUGUGCAAAAAACAUAAAGACCUGAGCAUUAAUUCCAGUACUCGCAUCCACACCAAGCUCCCACUAAUUUCAUCCAUUCUCCUACUACCACACUAACAAAAUACUGACACGUCCCAGUGACCUCAUUCACUCCACACUGACUUUAAUAACCACAUGCAGCGCCCCUAAAACUCCCAUUAAUCUAAUUCAGCCUCGUUACUAACUGCCUGCAAAAGCUCUCCUAUUUACUUAAAGGGACACUAUAGUCACCUAAAAAACUUUAGCUUAAUGAAGCAGUUUUAGUGUAUAGUUCAUGCCUCUCAGGUUAUACUGCUCAUUUCACUGCCAUUUAGGAGUUAAAUCACUUCCCCUGGCUCUGAUUGACACAGCCUGCAUGAAAAAAAAUGGUUUCACGUUUAAUCAGAUGUAAUUUACCUUAAUGUAUUCCUGAUCCUAUAGUGUUACAACCACCAUCUAGCUCCCCUGGGCCCCUCAUGCCUCCAUAAAUAUAGCAAAAUCUUACUGUAUUCAAGCCAGAAGCUGUAAAUCUGCAUGCUGUUUUCCUCAAAAAAACAAGCUGUCUGCUGACAUCAGAAGUGGUGGCCUGAUCCAAUCACAGUGUUUCCCCAUAGGAUUAGCUGAGACUGACAAAGAGGCAGAUCAGGGGCAGAGUGUGAGGAUAUUUAUGGGGUGAUAAAUAUAAAAAUAAUAUUUUCAUAAAAAUUAUCAAAAAUGAAUUUAAUAAUUUGUAUUAUAUCAAAAUUGAUAACGUGGCGCGGUUCCCCGAAUAAUAAAGCUGAGAAUUACUCACAAUUUUUAAUUCUCUUAGAUCCUAGAGGAAGCUCAUUAGAGGAUUUUUACUUCACACAGUAAAUCACAAAUUAAUUAUAAAAAUAAUAAUAAUAUGUAACAUCCGUGACAAUCGGUGAAUGCCGUAUAUACUCGAGUAUAAGCCGAGUUUUUCGGCACAUUUUUUGUGCUGAAAAAGCCACCCUCAGCUUAUACUCGAGUCAAGGUCUGUAUUAUGGCAACUUACAUUGCCAUAAUACAGACCAGGACCGUCGAGCUUGGGGGCAAGCUGUUACUUACCUUUUGCAGCAGCUUCGUUCACCUCCGCUCCGUUCAGCUCAGCUCCAGUGUAAAUCUCGCGACACCAGCAGCCGUCAGAGCGUUGCCAUGGGUUACGUCGCUGCUUCUUCCUCCGCCGCCGCUCCUCCCCUUCAUCACGUCCACCGGCUGGGGAGACCUAAUGCGCAUGCACACAGUUUUUCAAUGCUUCCCUAUUGGGAUUUUAACAACGCUGGAGGUCCUCACAUAGUGUGAGGACGUCCAGCGAUGCUCUAGCAACGAAAACCUGUGCUAGAAUCCCAGAAGUGCUCUCUAGUGGCUAUCUAGCAGACAGCCAAUAGAGCAGGAGUUAACCCUGCAAGGUAAUUAUUGCAGUUUAUGAAAACUGCAAUAAUUACAGUUGCAGGGUUAAAGGUAGUGGGAGUUGGCACUCAGACCACUCCAAUGGGCAGAAGUGGUCUGGGUGCCUGGAGUGUCCCUUUAAUUCCACCCUUUUUCUUACAAUGGGACUUUGUAAGAUUUUGUUAGUUAUAUAUAUAUAUAUAUUUUUUUUAUCUGUCAUUGGUGUCUAGUUUUCUUGUGUGAAGCUGUGUUUAAAGGACCACUAUAGUGCCAGGAAAACAUACUCGUUUUCCUGGCACUAUAGUGCCCUGAGGGUGCCCCCACCCUCAGGGACCCCCUCCCGCCCGGCUCUGGAAGGGGAAAGGGGUAAAAACUUACCUUUUUCCAGCGCUGGGCGGAGAGCUCUCCUCCUCCUCUCCGCCUCCGUUACGCCCCGCCGGCUGAAUGCGCACGCGCGGCAAGAGCUGCGCGCGCAUUCAGCCGGUCUCAUAGGAAAGCAUUUACAAUGCUUUCCUAUGGACGCUGGCGUGCUCUCACUGUGAAAAAUCACAGUGAGAAGCACGCAAGCGCCUCUAGUGGCUGUCAAUGAGACAGCCACUAGAGGAUUUGGGGGAAGGCUUAACCCAUUGAUAAACAUAGCAGUUUCUCUGAAACUGCUAUGUUUAUAAAAAAAAUGGGUUAACCCUAGCUGGUCCUGGCACCCAGACCACUUCAUUAAGCUGAAGUGGUCUGGGUGCCUAGAGUGGUCCUUUAAUAUUAUUUCUAUUCCACUAACAUUAUUAAAUAAUAUAAUAUUUCCUCAUUGAUAUUUAUCCAUGAAUAGUCUAUAUUAUUAACAUAAUACUAAUUAUAUAUGAUAAUAGUAAUUAUAGGUGGAUAGUGUGUGUGUAUAUAUAUAUGUAUACAUUUGUCUCUGGGUUAGUAUUCCAUCCCCCCAUUUUUACUGUUAAACAUCAUGCUUUAUCACUUGUUUACAUAACGCAUUCCUUUGCUCAGACUUGGAUGAAUAGAGUGAUAGAAAGAGAUCUUGUGUCUGUCUUAGCCUCGUAAUACAAAAAUGGAGUCACCUCUAUUCUGAAAGUGACUGGCAGUAUACACUUUUCAUUUCUUUCUUAACACAAAAUGUCUGCCGAUAUAAAUAUACUGACAAGAGCCAGCAUGAUUCAAACACAGCCCUGGCCAAUCAGCAUCUCCUCAUAUAGAUGAAUUGAAUCAAUGAAUCUCUAUGAGGAAAGUUCAGUGUCUGCAUGCAGAGAGAGGAGAUACUGAAUGUUUGGAUGCAUUGUAGGCAGCCAUGACCCAUAAAGGAUCUCUAACAGCUAUCUCAGGAGUGUCCAGUGAAGUUAUCACUAGGCUGUAAUGUAAACACUGCAUUUUCUCUGAAAAGACAGUGUUUACAGCAAAAAGCCUGAAGGUAAUGAUUCUACUCACCAGAACAAAUUCAAUAAGCUGUAGUUGUUCUGGUGACUAUAGUGUCCCUUUAAACAAUGUUAUCUCUUGCUCUGUAAAUUGAACUUUAAUCACAUACAGGAGGUUCCUGCAGGGUCUAGCAAGCUAUUGCCAUAGCAGGGGAUAAGAAAUUUAAAUUAAACAGACCUUGCAAUAAAGGAAGGAUAAACAUUAGAUGACUCUUUACAGGAAGUGUUUAGGAAGGCUGUGCAAGUCACAUGCAGGGAGAUGUGACUAGGGUUCAUAAACAACGUUAUUUAACUCCUAAAUGGCAGAUAAUUGAGCAGUGAGGCUGCAGGGGCGUUAUAUAUACACCAAAACUGCUUCAUUAAGCUAAAGUUGUUUUGGUGACUAUAGUGUCCCUUUAACCCCUUAAGGACACAACAUUUGGAAUAAAAGGGAAUCAUGACAGAAAAAGCUCUCUGCCAUGCACUAGACCAGCAGUGCAGGGAUUAGCUAAUUGGCAAAGGAUCAGGUGAUGAGCUCUCUCUGCACAGCAUGGCAUGGUUAGGUAAGCUGUGAGCUUCGGUCUGUCAAUGGAAGAGGUUAUCAGUGUAUUCCUAGUAAGUUAUCACACCGCUUGCUAAUUGUUUGACUAUUUAUAAUGGGGGCCAUGCCAAGGCUUUCCUGGCACCAUAACCACUACAGCGCCCUGGAGUGUUUUUCAAAACAUGCCUUACUCACAAGGUGGGCAACCAGUAACUAAGCAUGGAGAAUCUCCCAAAACCCAAACUGCAUUCCUCCCUGUCUCCUCCCUUCAUCCUGUAUAUUGCUUUACCCGCCCCCCCAGGUCAGAAAAUGCAGCCAUGUGAGGAGGGUCAUGAAACCCCGCCCAUUCUUCAGCUGCCACGUGUCGCGCUCGUAUGACGUCACUCCGGUCACUAUACUGUGACGUGGACAGAGUACAUUUUGCUGAUUUCAUUCACAGCAAGGAUGGGGCUCUGCUCCUUUACUAAUCAAUAACCCGGCUUUUACUAAUCAAUAACACAGCUACUGCUCCACCUGCCCUCAUCCUCCGGCCGGCAAGGCUCCUAUAGAGGCUUGCCCUAAUCCAUCAUGGCCGCCGGGUGUUCUCACCCAUCAUGCCCCGCGGCAGUAGAAGGAAGGGGGCGGGGCUGCUCCUAUUUGAGUGAGCAGAGCGGGGAGCUGAGCGCAGCAAACAGGAAGUAGGUAAGAGGAGGGGGUGAUGGGAGGAGACACGUGGGUUGGCACAUGGCUGCCUGGGAGAGCAUUGAUGGCAGGGGAGAGGGGGGGAUUUAGCUGCCAGAAUGUAGAAACCAUUUCUAUUAUUCCUUGCUAUCUCCUGUCUCCAUCCAGCUCCAUUUAUUUCCAUAUCAGUGUUCCUUUCUCUCCAUAUUCCUGUCCUUCCAUCCACCUGUGGCUAUUUUAUUCUAAUUUCUUCUUUAUUUUUUCUCCUACUGUGUGAGGGGGGUCUCCUCCUGCUGGCUGGCUGGCUGGGAGAGGGGUUACUGGCAUCCACUGGCACAAGGCAGCAGCAUGGAGCUGAAACCUCUGACCACCUCCUACCUUGCGGCUCACUUCAUAGUGACCUCACGCGUCACUCACUAGGCGCUGUGUUUAGAGAUGGCUGAAGCACAACUGUGCUUCCUGCCGCUGGAAUUGGUCCAGGUCCCCAAGUUUCCAGAGCCCCCGCUAGCAUUGCUACACAAGGCGGCUGCGGAAACUAACAAAAUGUAAUAGCAAAAGCUUUGCCUUUUGUGAAGUUUUAUCAUCUUACCAGAAGUCCCUUCUGAUAUACCUCACAGGUUUAGCAUUUUAUUGAAACUCAAACACUACAAGUUGGGUAGUCCACAAAUAAUUUUAUCUUUAUAAACAGUAUGUGGACUUAAAGGACCACUAUAGGCACCCAGACCACUUCAGCUCAAUGAAGUGGUCUUAGUGCCAGGUCCAUCUAGUGUUAACCCUGCAGCUGUAAACAUAGCAGUUUCAGAGAAACCGCUAUGUUUACAAUAGGGUUAAUCCAGCAUUUAGUAGCUGUCUCAUUGACAGCCGCUAGAGGCGCUUCUCACUGUGAAAAUUGAGAAAUGCUUUCCUAUGGACUAUUUGAAUGAAUGCGCAGCUCUUGCUGUGCAUUCAAAGCUGAUGGGAGAGUUCCCCAGUGCUGGAAAAAGGUGAGUGUUUAACCCCUUCAGUCUGGCGGGAGGGGGGCAAUGAGGGUGGGGGGGACCUAAAGAGUCCUUCAAUGUUUACAGUAGGGGCACUGUACCUAGACCACUUCAUUGAGAUGAAGUGGUCUGGGUGCCUAUAGUGUCCCUUUAACAUGCUGACAAUAGACAUCCAAUAUGCACAAAAUUGACAUUGGCUAGACUGGAACUCUUGUUCCAGGGCUGCUGUUGGCAAAGUUGGAGGUGGAGUUGCACCUCUGGCAGCAAUGUGCUUUAAUGCUGCAUGUACAGCUUUUCAAACUUAAACAGUGCACAUACUGACUCUGAGCACCAUCACCACUUAAACACUGAGGCGGUCAUGGUGCUUGGAGUAACCCUUUAAUCUGAACAUCUUUGUGUAUGUAACACUGACAAAAGCUUCUCUAAGGACCCAAAAUGAAUAUCCUCUCAAAGGCAAUCUCAUAACUCAGGAUUUUCUGUAGGAGCUUGUUCUUGCAUUUCCUCUUUUAUUAUUAUUAUUAUUAUUAUUAUUAUUAUUAUUAUUAUUAUUAUUUAUUUAUUUUUUAUCCUCCUUUCAAAACUAACCCAAUACACAGUGACCACUCUAAUGAUUUGAGUUGGUCAUGGUGCUUGGGGUCUGAAUACGCAGAGUUUUGGUUUGAAACACUCCCCAUAAGGGGUUAAAGUUCUUGGCUGACAGAGUUGACUCCAGAUGAAGUGUCAUUAGCCAGCCCGAAAUGAGCGUUUUUGGUUUGGCUGUCAAUUCAGUGCAUAUUUGGCAUUUAUUGCCAGCAUGCCCUGCAUACUUGGCUUAGAUGACCAAUGGCUGCACGGCCCCUUCCACAUGCCACCCAAGUCCUCCCCUCCUGCCACCCUGUCCUUCCUGAUAUCCCUCACCCUAUAGUGAGUGGGAAUGAUGUCACAGAAGAUGAAUCUGGUUGCUUCGACUUGGUGUAGGUUUGUAGGUUUAAGUUUACCUCUGGAUAUUGUUAGCAGACAAAUCCACCAAUUUCCUGUGUAUAUUUGACUGGGACUAACCCCCCAGCCCCCCCCUCCUUUUGAAUGCCGGGCUCCACUGUUUAUUGUGGGUAAGUCCUUUCACACAUUUAUUCAUGAAUUGAAUUAAUGCAUCUUUGAGAAACAUUCAGCGCCUCCGUGCAGCUUAACGUGGGACUUUAACUAUGACUUAAGUGGCUAUCACUAGAGGUGUUACAAAGCAGCAAUGUCAACAGUGCAGGGACAGGCUGUAGACAUCAGAACAACUACAUUAAACUGUAGUGAGCGAGAUGUGUGUGUGUAUGUGUGUGUAUAUGUAUGUGUGUGUAUAUAUAUAUAUAUAUAUAUAUAUAUAUAUAUAUAAUCUAUCUCUAUCUCUAUCUCAGAAUGCCUGAAAUUGUGGGAAGGGUUACCAUCUUAUAUAUAUGCCCUCCUCCUGACGUUCAUUUUACGUUUUGGAAAGGUGCGUCUGUCUCCUGGAUACCUGCACUUCCGUUUCUAGCCUCAUUCAGGUCUCCUCGCAGUCCCACCUGUAGGGGUUUUUCCACGAAAUCCGCCAAACAGAGAUCGCUACCAGGCCAAUUCUCACAAACCAUUUCGGGUAACAGGUGGGAAUGGUCGCGUUUGUGCUAUUUCCACUGUUUUCGUGUCUUUUCGCGGUAGGCUCCCUUUCGUGUAGGCUCCCUGUAUUCAUGCGUAUGUCUAGUGUACUAAUAAAUUAUACUUUUGUUUCAAUUGUUAACUACUCCUGUUUCUUUUUAUGUGUUUUAGUCGCUUUUCUAUUUUCUGGAGGAUUGGGCAAGGUGGACUAUUAGUGAGAGAGCAGUUUUGGGGUAAGGGGUGCCCUUGAAGGCACAUUAGUCGGAAUCUCUAUCCAGAUCAGGGCUACCUAUAAUGCUCUUUUCCUCUCCUUUCCACCGUCUUGCCGCUACAAUUUAGUAGUUAUCAUAGUACUAUACCGUUGAAGGCAUAUGCAUUGAGUGGUUGAUACCUAAUUUUUAAACAAAUACGUAUAGUUAAAAAACAUAUACCACCGGGGGCGCCACAAUCACAAACAUGUGAAUAUAUUUACCAUGGUAUGUUCAUGGGUAAGCAUAUAAGGAGAUAAAAACAAAAAUAUAUAUAGUGAAGUAUUUAAUGACAAAUAGAAUAAAAUAAUAAAAACAAUUGCACUCACAAAUGUAGUUGCACAACAGGAACAUAUGUCCUAAUUGUGCUAAGAAAGCCUGUCAGCCCUUUCCUGGGCUAAAGUCCCCUCUUGUAGUAGGAUCCCGAUUUUCAAAAGUUCCAGUGACUUCCAGUAAUGAUCUGCUUGAAGCUGGAUAAGAUCCAAAGGUACUAGGGACACUGGCCGACUUGUAACUGCUCGACGCGUUUCGUCCGAUCGACUUUUUCAAGAGCUGUGUGUUUCUGUUCUUCUUCCGGCUUUUUAAAUAAUAAAUUUCCCGCGGCUUUCAGUAUUGCGCGCAUGCGCAUUAUGGUAAAAUUUUACUGCGCAUGCUCGCACAUCCAGCUUGAAACGCAAAACCGCUUUAUUGAUACUUUGUGCCGACAGACACAUUUCCGUACCAGACCACUUGGUCUUAUGGAAUAAUAUGUGGGCACUUCGAACUUUUGUUCAUCAUACAUAGUUAAUCUUCAUACAUAAAGUACUAAUAAACCAUCUUUUAAAAGCAAAAUAAAAAGCAUUUUAAGUGCAUCACAUUUUAGGAUUCUACUAUUAGAAAUGAGAAAUUAAACAUACUAUAGACAGGAAGAUUAAACAUACUAUAGAAAAAAUAUAUAAUAGAGACAUAAUAUUACAUUUUGCACAAUGUUGCAAUACUUUGUUUGUAUAUAAUAAACUAUAUAGAAAAAUGAUAUUUGUAUAUAACAAACUGUAUAAAUAACUGAUAAUCAUUUUAUUCGGAUGAGAGACCUGGCGAAGACAUCAUUAGAUUCUAUUAGAAUGAUUCAUAAAAAAUUAAAAAAUAAUAAAAAUAAUGCAAGUUAAUACCAAUUCUAUGGAAACAAAAAAAUUUCUAUAGAAACAAAAAAAUAUAAAAAAUAUAAAAAUAUAUAAUAUAGUAAUAAAACAACCAAUUGAUAAAAAUGGAACGGAAAUGUGUCUGUCGGCACAAAGUAUCAAUAAAGCUGUUUUGCGUUUCAAGCUGGAUGUGCGAGCAUGCGCGGUAAAAUUUUACCGUAAUGCGCAUGCGCGCAAUACUGAAAGCCGCGCGAACUUGAUUAUUUAAAAAGCCGGAAGAAGAACAGAAACACACAGCUCUUGGAAAAAGUCGAUCGGACAAAACGCGUCGAGCAGUUACAAGUCGGCCAGUGUCCCUAGUACCUUUUGGAUCUUAUCCAGCUUCAAGCAGAUCAUUACUGGAAGUCACUGGAACUUUUGAAAAUCGGGAUCCUACUACAAGAGGGGACUUUAGCCCAGGAAAGGGCUGACAGGCUUUCUUAGCACAAUUAGGACAUAUGUUCCUGUUGUGCAACUACAUUUGUGAGUGCAAUUGUUUUUAUUAUUUUAUUCUAUUUGUCAUUAAAUACUUCACUAUAUAUAUUUUUGUUUUUAUCUCCUUAUAUGCUUACCCAUGAACAUACCAUGGUAAAUAUAUUCACAUGUUUGUGAUUGUGGCGCCCCCGGUGGUAUAUGUUUUUUAACUAUACGUAUUUGUUUGUAUUUUAUUGGGACUGGGAGUGAUCCCUAUUUCGGGGUGAUUAGCCUGCACUGUAUUUUGCACAUUUCCCCACUUACUGCCCCUUCUUUAUACCUAAUUUUUACACUCUCUUUAUAUGCCAUUAUUCAUUUAUUUUUUUCACUUCAAGUACCAUUGACUAUAUUUGGCACUAAGUGUGGAUAAAGCACUGUAUUGCCCCAUAAUAGUGGAAAACUAUCUUGUAUAUAUUUAUUUUAUUCACAAUUAUUUUCUUAUAUUUAAGUUCUAGUAUAUUACUUUUUCUCACAUAGAUACGAUUCUGGAGAUUUAUUUUGUGUUUUUAUAUUCAAAUUCACUAUUUAGGAGUCACCCCCCCACUUUUUUUAUUAAUCUCCAAAGUACCUAUCUUUACCCCAUUGCUAUACAUUGGCUCCACUUUUUCUUUUUGUAUUUAUGCUGGCUACUGCUCAAUGUCUGUAGAUCCCCACAGUUAUUCACUAUUUGGAUAAUGUAGCGGAGAGCUGGUCUUUCACAUGUUAACUCCACUAAAGAUCCCAGUGAGGCUCAGGAACAAGUAAUAAAGUACCAUAGAGCAAUAAUCACCGCAAGCAAUGUAAUCAACGAAUAUCCCAAUACAGAUCACAAUGACUGGACGACACACAGCAUCAGGAGCAGAACGGAACUUUUAAUCACACAAACUCCUUUUAAAGGUUUCUCCCAUGCAAGGGAGGGAUUCACAUUAAUUGGUACAGUAUCCAAUCGUACAAUAGUUACCUCCCCUCAGUGUGACACAUAAUCCAUUUAUACAUGAUACAGUUUUACCCGGUUUCUGGAUGUACCCCAAAACAGUUAGGUACAAUUAUCUAAGUGGUAGCCCUGAUCUGGGUGACCAACAUAUUCAAAAUUCACCCAGAUCGGACUAGGGGUUCGGGAGUUCGGUGGAAGAGACAAUUUGACCGACCGCACAUGAGGUGGUAGCCGAAAAGGGCUCCAGGUGUUUUUGGCCCUGCGGUCGGUUUCCGUCCAGGAGAUAAAAUACACAGUAAUACUUGACAUCCACCAUUAAAUCGGUAUUCGCAUGAAUACCCUUGUUCGGUACUUUUAAUUCACCGAACGAGGGGCUGGUUGGCCCCUCCGUUCGGGAGUUACGGAGCUCUGGAGGUCUCAGCGGUGUUCGGGUAAUUGAGUGUCCGAUUUGAGUUCCAGACACUCGACGACCAAACACUGCUGUGUUUUUCGUGCGUUAUAUGGCCGAAUGGCGGCCACCCAGAUACAUGCACAAAGUACCGAUUGCACCAAUUAACUUGCGGUUAGAGAAGUGUGAAAGCCUAAUAAGGUGCACACUUCUCUCUGGGAUGGUCUAAUGGUUCAAUAGUUUUCAUUCUUAUGGAAUACGGAUGAAAACUACCGAACAAUCAUACGAAUGCCACAUACAAUUUUAGCUAUACAUGAGAAUAAACACACAAAUUGCAUUUUUAACACCGCCUUUGAGGACAGCCUUAAUACCAUCCGCUACAGAUAACUUCUAGACUAUCGAGAGUAACCGAUUUCCACUAGAUCACACUAGAUUUGGUCAAUAUGCUUGCCAGUUUGCUAAGAGAUAAGAUUGAGCGUAUCCUAUCCAGCAUCAAUCUAUAUCUCUCUGCUGGAUCUUGUAAUCGUACAGAAUUAGUCUUUACUAGACUCCCUCAACUUUGCCACGAAAAUUAUCCCACAGGACUGGGCAUUCAUAUCUAGACUGCUCAAUCUGUUUCAGCGCUUUCAAUCUGAUAUUUCCCGCAUUUCACUGGAUGUUCCGGCUACCUCGGAUUUACACGUGGCAGGAAUUUAUCAUGAGAUGGAAUGGGAAAAGCAUGUUUAUCCCUUUACUUACAUCUGACUCCCUGACUUUUUUUUCUACAGACACAGCUGCCAUUUCAGGCUUUGCGGCUAUAUUUGUACACUUUAAUAGGCCAAAGCCAAUUAUCACCAAUGUACCAGGUUUUCCCACCACCUCUGCAAUGUUCGAGCUAUAUCCUAUUAUUGUAGCUGCUACAGUAGCAUGGGGAUCAGCAUGGUCAGGUCAGGCGGUGAGAUGGUUUUUCAUCAACUUAGCCACCUGCCAUAUAAUUAACAAAGGUUGUUCUAAAUCUCUGACCAUCAUGAGCUUUCUGAGGAAUUGUCUUGACUGGCGGCUAACUGUAAUUUCAGUUAUUCCACAAAGCGUUACUGACGGCAGCCAUGGUGGCUACCCUGGCUCCGUCAUGGCAGGACAUGACAUUGGAUUCAGAGAUCUGUUAACUCAUGGCAGACUCCUUUUCAUAAUUGGCUUUGUCUGACAAUACUAGAAAGUCAUACGACAGGGCAUUCCGUAUUCAUAACAGAUUCUUGUUGGACUUUCAGGUUGUAAAUAAACAUUCGAUGAACUAUUGUAGCUUUCACUUCUUUUUACCACCUCAAAUUAAAAUCAUCUUACAAUACCAUCAAAUUAUACCUGACAGGGAUAGAACCCCAAAUACUUACUUUGGCCAAACAACCACAGUUUCCUAUCAUCUUCUCAAAACCAUACUAAAAGGCAUUAAAAAUUCAAACCCCAUACCACAUCUUCUAGAUCACCUAUUCAUAGUCAACUUUUAUUAUCAGAGCUUAUGGAUUCAAACCCUUUCAAAUCACACACUAAUCAUGUCAUUAAAACUGCUAUCUACUUGGCUUUCUAUGGGUCCCUUAGACCCGGAGAGUUUACCACUACAAACAUCACAUCCCAAGAUGCCAUUAAGAGAUCCCAGAUUGUAAAAAUACAAGAUCACUACAUACUUUCCCUCAACCACACUAAAACCACACCAAAGAAUAAACUGGUAAAGUUACCCUACCAGUAACAAAUGGUGCCUGAUACAAGCACUAGAUAAAUUCCUAACUAUUGUUCCAGGUUCUCCUGACCAACCUUUGUUUACCUUACAUGGCAAUGCCCUCACCACUAGUAAAUUCACACUCUAUAUUAGAGUAUUGCUGGCUAGGUUACGUCUCAAUCCAUCCCACUACUCGGGACACUCCUUUCACAUUGGAACAGCCACCACUGCUUACAGCAGAAACAUACCGGUACAUAUUAUCAAGACAUUGGGACAGUGGAAUUCAUCAGCAUAUACCAGAUACAUGCCACAUCUAAUACAGGAAAUACGUGAAGCUUUUUGUAACUUGUAUACGUGAUAUAUGCUAUAUGACUGUCACUGUAGGCUGAAUAAAUCUAGUAUGGUAUACUCUUUUUGCCCUCUUUUAUUACAGGCCUAGCGCAUUGUCUGUUCGGCACACCACAACCGACUGUUCAUAAUUUCAUGUUAUUGUAUGGUAUAAGUUAUUUAAGUUACAUACUGUCAUGAUGGCUUUCUAUGCCCUGAACACAGAAAUAAAUAUAUACAUACAUUGUGGGUACCCUUGUAACCUUUGACAGGAGUUUAAUCUUUUUUGUGCUACUUACUGAUUUCUUGUUUAUUUGUUAGGUUCCAAUGUUCUUUUAUCUGAUUUUAUAUGUAAGGUAUUGCCCUAGUGUCUUUUUUGACCUUAGCCUCAAGUCAGUGACGUACACACAAUCCAUGGGGCUCUGGUGCGAAACUGAUCCAUGGGCCCUCCAUCCCCCCCCCCCACCCCUGCCAGACACAGACAGACAUACAUACAUACAUACACAAAAUGUUUGUCACCCUCCUGUUUCCUACCUUUUUGGUGCAGGAGGGUGAUUUUCCCUGGGGUCCAGUGGUAGCUCAGGCUGGUGGGAGUCAGAGUUUCCACUCUGACUCCCUGUCCUUCCACCCGAGCGGGCUCUUUCUGAUAGCUGGGAUGAAUGACCGGGGCAGUCACUUCCUUCCAGCGUCUGAUGUCCUCACAGGGGUCACCAUAUGUGUUGUCUGUCACCACAGCGCUGACCAGGGCCCCCUGGAAAUUCAUCUCCAUCGGGUGGCCCUAACAGCAUGGGCCCCUUGAACGUGCUGCCCUGGGCCGCAACACAUGGCAGCAGGCAUCCAAUCGCAGGGGUCCACAGGGCAGCUGGGCCCGGUCACAGCUGUGACCGCGGUAUUUACGCCACUGCCUCGUGUAUAAACAUUUGCUUUGUCUAAGAGGGCAGUGAAUGAAAAACUCAAUGUAGACCAAGGAGGUUAUUUUGACUUAUUUCUUUCUUACCACAGGAUAGAGUUGCUGCACAAUAAGAAACAGCAUCACAUGUACAUUUUCAUGAAGAUCCACAUCCGUUAUUUGGAGUAGUCAUAUAAUCUAGUACCUUACAAAUAGCCAUGGAUACAAAGAAAGUGAUGGCGAAGAUGAAGUUUUCUUCAGAGCUAGACUACCAGCUCAGUGGACAGGUACGAGAGAAAUGUAGAGGCUUCUCUUUUCAUCUGCAUGGAUAUUGAUGAUGGAGUUAAAAGAUGAACUGUCUCGUGAGAAUUUUGCUAAAUUAACUAUGACUUUAAGAAUUAGAAAAUACAUUUUACAUUCUUCAUUUAUUUAAAUGUAAAUUGUGUGCCUGGAGCAGCCAGACUAAAUGAUGCAGAUAACUUUAACCCAUAGUGCCUCGCGCAUAUUUACACUAUGGAAGCUUGCAGGUACUCAGAUGGCAUUUCUCUUCAGAUGCCUGAGAGUGCCCAUAUUCCAAAACAUUGGUUGAUUACUUUGUGAGAAUGUAAAUCAUUAUUUUAUAUAGGGACAAUGUGAGUUUGACGAAGUCGCCAUUUACUUCUCGGAGGAUGAAUGGGGCUCUUUAACAGAAGACGAUAAAGAGCUUUACGUGGACGUGAUGAUGGAGAAUUACCGGACCCUCUGGUCUCUAGGUGAGGAAAUUUACAUCUUAUUAAUAGUUUACUAUGACUUGAUUUUGUGUGGAAAGUUUGGAAUAAUUUUUAGAAAUAUUUGCAUAUAAUAAAUGUAAUUAUAAACAGGGCGGAUCAGAAUGGUGCCUCGAAUUAUAUCUGUUCUUAAACGAAGAGAAGAAGCGCAUGUGAAGAGUCACAGACUGGAUAAAGAGAAACAUACCAGCUCUGGUGAGUUGUGUGUGUGAAUGCAUGUAUAUAUGUAUAAUUCAUAGAUUUAUAUAUAAAAAUAAAUCCAUUAAUUAAUAUUUUACGACUUGUAUACGGUUUUAAAGGUAUAUAUUAAAAAUGUAUGGUUUGUAUGUGUGUAUAUGAGACUUAUUCUUUAAGAACAAUUACUAGGCUGGGAUAAAUCUUGCAGUCUCUUAUAGAAUACAUUACUGGACUAUUAUUUUGUUUCAAGUCUUCGGGUAAGGGAAGCCUUCUUAAGUUACAUCUUACUUUCCUAGAUAUAACUUGGCUGCCAGUUUUAUGUGUUUCAUUGGACCAUUGAUGAAGUUAGUUUAAUUUUAAUGUCAUUAGGAAAUUUAAUCAUUUUAAACAUUUCAUAGGAAUAGUGGAAACAAGAAAAAUCGCCUCGUUGACCUGCAUUUAGUAUUGUUGUAUAAGCUUUUCAAAUUAUUUAAUAUUUCACAAAACUCUGUGUCUGGCACUCAUCCUAACAUUGGAAAUCAAUCAAUAAUAUAUAAACCAAAGUGCUGCACGGUGCAGGAAUAAUAUUCAAUGCAAAAAAAAUGAGAGCACUCACUGGAUUCUAAAAUCAAAAUACCACUACGGCCUAAUUUUGGCCUACCUGCCGCUCGGGAGUUAUGCAUUGCCUUAUUAUACAACUCUGUAAAAAAAAAAAUAAUAAUAAUCGAAUGCCAGAUUGAACACUAGAACAUCACUACUGUCCAUAUGAAAUUCAAAGUCCAUUUCACAACUCCUUCAAACUUGGUAUGAUUAACCUACAUUUGUUAAUUAGAUGCAGCACUACUAGGUAUCUUUCAUAUCCAUAUUGAUUGGCGUAGGUUUAUGCUCAUAAUCAAAAGUUCCAUUAUUUAGGUUUCUCCUCUCCCUAUUUGUCUUCCUUUUGUUGGCAUUUUAAUCCCUAACCACAACACACUAUCUCAGGGCUUCUCAAACUUUUAUGACCCACUUUUGAAAACCCUAAUUUUGAGACCCACUUGCUUGUAUUGCGUAUUUUAAAAUGAACACCAUGGCAAUUCGCUUUAGAGGCAUACAAUUGGCACACCAUGGCAAUUCGCUUUAGAGGGAUACAAUUGGCACACCAUGGCAAUCUGCUUUAGAGGCAUACAAUUGGCACACAAUAGCAGCUUUGAAUGUAUAAACUUGGCACACAAUGGCAAUCCAUUUUUAAAUGCAUAAAGUUAGCACAUCAUGGCAGUUUUAGAGGCAGAAACUUGGCACAUCAUGGCAAUCCAUUUUAGAGGAUUGCCUACUCACAGACUUGGUCAGAAUCAGAAGUGCUGUGUCCCGUUCUUUCAUGCUGGCACCUCAUGUAUCCCAGUGGUGGAACUAAUGUAGAGAGGGCGCUGGUGCAAGUAUGUUUUCUGAGCAUAUGUUCCACCUUAUCAGGGAAAUGUGGAGUCCUUCUUGGCAAAGAUGCCUUUUCCGUUUGUCUAGUCUCACCUUGGCUCUCUGAACUUAUGCGUUUACCACAAGGUUGCUACUUCAUUUCCCAACUACUCCGCUUGCUCCAUGGUUACCUGCCGACAAGUACAUUGAGACACUCAAGCAGACCUGUUCAUGGGGCUAAACUCCCUUUUCCACUGGAGCAAGAAAGCCAUGUUCAUUCUCCCACUGUCCGAUGCAUCCCCCGUUAUCUGUACUGACGCUGCUGUCCCCACUGGAUUUGCAGCAAUUUUCAAUACCUGGUUCUGUGCCCUAUGGCCCACAGUUGCAGAGCCUGCCCUCAUUUAGUUAAACUUCAGCUCUUUGAAGUAUACCCCAUCGUGGCAGCUGUACGAUGGGGUAUACUUCUCUGUGGAGGGGGAUAUCUGUCAAAUGCUACUCGCACAGCAGCAUGUGAAAUAAAAAAUAUAGGUUUGUUCUCACUAAUUAUAAUGAUGUUAAUUAGGAAUUUGACUUGGCUGGCAGCAACACAGCAAUCUUACCUUUUCCGUAUACACAUACCAGGCCAUCACAACAUUCUCUCAUUCACAAUUUUGGGUAUUCUUCCAAGCAUACCCCACUGCUGCCAAAUGACCUACCAAAAUCCCAACAUUUCAGGACCUCUUACUACAUCAUGCUCCUCUCAUGGUCACGCUAGAUUGUUGGCACAAGCAGCACUCUCUGCCAACGCUCCUUUGCCACGAAGUUCUGGAGGAGGGUGGAAGCUGGCCUCUGGCCCACAGAUGAUCCCGGUCCGCAGACCCCAUUCGGAAGUUAACCUGCCCGGCUUCCCCCAGAGGCUUAUCCUUGGCGCACUUUCCCUCUCCUGAAUUCACCCGAAAACUCGCUCCAUGGCGGUUGUUUGUACAAACAAACCUGCAAAUGGUCCUUAGCAGUACUUAGCCGCAACUGCUAUGGAACCCUCUUUGGCUAGAGAACUUCAUGGUUCCCGGUCAUAUUGGUCCUGCCAGGAGAGUGCUUUUUGGAGGGAAGGUGCCGGAGACUGAGAGCCAGGAGGAACACCUCGUACUUUGUCCGCAGAAGCUCCUGAAAGUUGACUGGCCAAAGCACUGAAGGGGAGAAAAAAAAGCUUAUUCUAUAGCGUCUCUCCAGAUCAUCCAUAGACAAGUGUUGUACUCUCGCAUAUGCAUGGGAGUUCAGCACUGAUGUGGGCUCAAGGCAAAUGAUGCCUCAGGAGCUGAAGAGGAUGAAAGAAAAUUGCAGCAGCCAAGAGGAACUGGUUCAGGUAAGUAAAGCUCAUCCUCCAUACCAAGCAGCGAUGUCCCAAUUGCAAAAUAUUCAAAGACUACAGAAGAUGCUUUAAGUUGGAGGCAAUUGUCCAACUUUAAAACAGAACCUAGAAUGCCUUUGUUUCACCGUAAUUUGAAGGGUUUCUCAUUAAGUGUCCCCAUACAUAUAAUAAUAUAUAUAUUUUGUGUGUGUGUGUGUGUGUGUGUGUGUGUGUGUAUUUGCUCUGAAUUUCAAUAUGUUAUGGAUUGUAGAAGAUGCAAAAGUUGGUUGAGGUGUGCCGAAACAACGUACGAGUAGGCCUGUAAUAAAAAGAGGGCCCACCAAGGUGAAAUGUAAUAUAUAGAUGGGUGUAGGUGGGUGGGGUUAAUCGGCUUGAAUGACAGCGGUGAGUAGAGGCUAGGGGCCUGGACGUCGGAGGCAGAGGAUACUGCAGUGACAGGACUCCUGCUGGCUUCGGUAACUUUUUCUGGUGGGAAUUUGGACCGGAAGUUCUGGUUGCCAAGGUGAGUCAAUCAGCUUGAACGACAGAGGUGAGUAGGGGCUAGGGGUUUAAGUAGGUGCCUUAACUCCUCCCACAAAUUCAGGCAUAAUGGCCUUUUAAUAUAUGUAUUCUUGCUAACUGCUCAACUAAGCGCCAAGGUUAUGUUUGCAUGGUAGCCGACUCACCGGCAUCCUAGGAUAUUCUGUAGUUGUAUGUUCCGGCUGUUACAGUGUAAACUAACUUGCUUGUUUUACUGGCAAUACACAUAAUUGAAUAUGGUUCCUUAGCAUGAUUUAAACUUGCAUGGAUUCCUACCAAGACAUUAGAAAGAGACUAGACAAAAGCUAGUUGCUGGCAACUUGUGGAAUCACACUUUAAUAUGGAGCUCCCCGUUUUCUUAAAGACCACAGCAGGUAUUAAACGCUAACUCUAUACCAACCUCAAGGCUUAAUGGCAAUUUUGAGCCCUGGCAACCCUACCUCUGACCAUGUAAUCUAACAUAUAUGGUGUGUGUAUGUGUAUGUAUGUGUGUAUGUAUGUAUAUAUAUGUGUAUAUGUAUAUUAUACGUUACCCCCACACUAUCCCUAAACCUAAAAUGAAAUUAACCCUAAUCCUACACUUAACUAAAACCCUAAAGGGUUACCUCUAUCCGUACUUUUUAACAGCAGAGGAGUUUCUAAGCUUGAACAGUAGAGCGGCGUUUGUGACCGCUAUUUACUGGCUUUUUUCAGGACAUCUCCCUGUAAAGCUGAGGCUCCAGCAUACUCUUUGCCGAUGACACAAUAAUUGGUGCUUUAUAGGGUUUUAGCUUUAAAGCUCAUGCUAAUCUUAGACAUAAUGACACUUGUGUGGCAAUUGCUAUGCAUGUGCUUUUUGUAACCAAUGCUUCUCUGUGAGUAGCACUAAAUUUAACAGAAGUCUUUGAACAGAGCGUUCUAACUAACACUCCAUAACAUCUUCUCGGAGUGUUCCGUAAUAGCCAGUUGUCCUGGUAACCUCUUCAAAAUACAACAAUUUAAUGUGCAAUGUAAUGUUGGGUGUUCACUUAAGUUGUGUUUUUUUUAUUUAUUUUUUAAAUUAUUUUAUUAUAUGAAGUUUACAGACUUUAAUUAUAGUUAAUGUAACCUAAAACAUAACAGAAUGCAGAAAAUCGAUGCGACCACCUGUGUUUUCAAAAUUAAACCUACCUAGUGAAAUAUAUCAUAAACCAUGAACGGUCAAUGGAAAGAAAAUAAUCUAGUCUCUGCAUUUAUUUUUGUAGGUAGAUCCAAAAGAACAGAGAAAUGUGGAUUCCAUACCUCUGUUACAUUAGCACACUGUGUAAAUGAGGGCAUCCAAGGAACUAAAUUCUUGACUCUAAACAAACCAAAGCAUCAAGCGAGCAGAACUUUCAGAAAUACGGGACAGUUUUCUGUCUCACGUGAGGCAGCAAGUUUUUCCAACAUGGAUAUUUAUAAAUCUACAUCACAGAUGGAUUGUACUCCUUCUAUUAAGGAGGAACCAGCCUCAUAUGAAGAAAGAAAGGACAUGGACCCGGACAAACCUACAGAGCAUAUUAUCAGAGAACAUACACCUACUCAUAUAAAGGAGGAAUCUGCAAAAUCUGAUGGGCAUCUUAUGGACCCUGACAAUUUUGACCAAACAAAUUGCCUACAAAUGAGAGAUAUAUGGAUUAAUACUGCAGACAGGGUAAGUAAGAGUAAUGCAAAAAGAACACACAAAGCUGUAAAAUCAGAAAAGAACUUUGAGUGCAAUAAAAUAUUUAAUUGUAAGUCCUCUCAUCACCAAAAUUCCCAUAUUACAAAAGAAUUCCAUACCUGUUCUGAAUGUCAGACAUGUUUUACAAGCAACUCAGAAUUUGUUAAACAUCAGCUAAUUCACCAAGGAAGUGGGCCAACGUCUGUAUCUGAUAAACCACAUCUUAAAUCCUUUUCGUGUUCAGAGUGUAAAAAAAGCUUUACUCAAAGGUCAGCUUUGAUUAAACAUGAGAAAAUUCACACAGAAGUAAAGGGGCAUUCAUGUUCCCACUGUGGGAAAUGUUUUACGCGGUCGUCAUAUCUUGUUAGACAUCAGAACAUUCACACAGAAGACAAAAAUUUAUCUUGUUCCGUGUGUGGGAAAUACUUUACUCUUAAAUCAAAUCUUGUCAGACAUCAGAGGAUUCACAAAGGAGAUGACAAUUUAUCUUGUUCGGAGUGUGGUAAACACUUUACUCUUAAAUCAAAUCUGGUUUUGCAUCAGAGGAUUCACACAGGCCACAAAGUGCACUCGUGUGGUGAAUGUGGGAAAUGUUUUAGCAUUGCUUCACAUCUUCAUAUGCAUCAAAGGAUUCACACUGAAUCUUUCUCAUGUUCUGAAUGUCAGAAAUGCUUUGCCUCUAAAUUGGAAUUUGUUAAACACCAGUGGAUUCAUACAGGCGAGACACCUUUUUUAUGUUCUGAAUGUGGGAAAUAUUUUAUGAAUAAAUCUGGUUUAGUUCGACAUCAGAGAAUUCACACCGGAGAGAAGCCUUUCUCGUGUACUGAAUGUGGGAAAUGUUUCAGUAAAAGUUCUAAUUUUAUUAGACAUCAGAUGGUUCACACAGGAGUGAAGCCAUUCUCAUGUUCUCAAUGUGGAAAAUGCUUUGCUUUGAAAGCAAACCUUGUUAGACAUGAGAUGUUUCAUGCAGGAAAGAAAGCACACGCGUGUGUUGAAUGUGGGAAAUGCUUUACCUGCUCUUCAGAUCUUCGUAGACAUCUAAGGAUUCACACUGGAGAGAGACCUUUUUCAUGUUCUGAAUGUGAGAAAUGUUUUGUAUAUAAAUCUGACCUCAAUGACCAUAAGCGAAUUCACACUGGUGAGAAACCUUUUUCCUGUUCUUACUGUGUAAGACGUUUUACUUGUAAAUCACAUCUUGUUACGCAUCAGAGAAUUCACACAUGAGAGAAGCCAUUCUUGUGUUCUCAGUGUUGGAAAUGUUUUAUUUCUAAAUCUAAUCUUGCACACCAGCUGAUUCACACAGGAGAAAAAUACAAUCAUGGGUUGAAUGUGGAAAAUGUUUUACCAGUUCCUUGAUUCUUCAGAAGCAUCAGAAGAUUCAUAUAACAGAGAAACUAUGCUUGUGCUGAAUGUGAAACCUUUUUAUAGAGAAAACGUACUUUUUUUUUUUUUUUUCUUCCAAAAUGCAAGGCACAGAAGCAGUAAUGUAAACAAAGGCAUUUUGCAGGUAUAAAAUAGAUAAUUAUUUAUAUAUAUAUUGUAACCCUUUAACUUACAGAUUAUGCUCCUUUAGUAAGGUCACUAGUGGUAAAAUAAUUUGUGGAGCAAUGCUAACUAGUCGGUGAAUAACAAAUCUUAACGUAAAUGGAUUCCACCAUACAGAUUAACUCUGACCGGCAAUGAAUGCAAGUACAAGACAUGACUAUGACCAAGAAAAGGUAGUUUGAAAAUAUAAUUAUAUUAAAAUUGAAGGGUGUCUGAUUACUACUUACAAACUGACAUUGUUUACAUCUAGUGGAAUCUCACGGGUACACUGUAGGAGAUGAUAAUUUUGUAUUCGAGCUGGUCAUGGCACUCUGCACUUGUAGCAAAAUUAAACCACCUGGCACUCCUUUCCCCCUGGUGUCUGAGAUGUUGUUUUGAUGAAGUUUCCCUUUCUCUUUUCUGUAACACAUGGAAGUAAAGCCGCAUGUUCCCCUGGUUGGCUAGAAGUCUCUGCAAUGCUUACUUUCCUAACUUUUUUGUUUUUCCGCUCUAUCUAUCGGGAAGUACAGGGAGACCGAAUUAUGUGGUAACAUUGGAGAAUAGGAGUUUACAUACAUAUCAUGUGGUUUAUCCCUAGCCAAUCUGAGUACUACUUAAUUGUUCUAAAGUUCUAUUGAUGCACCUCCUCGUCCUCUUUAAAUUCCUAUUUAUCUGAUAAUGUAUUUAUUUCAUGGAAAUAUGCAGGUGAAUUUAUACAUGCCUAUAUUGCAAACAUGUUUGCUCCUGUUUUCACUAUACACAAGCACAUCCCUGCAUACUUGCACUAUACAUAAAUGCACACCUCUAUUCACUUACUCACCCUACGUGUACGGGCACACAAAAACACCAGCACGUAACACUAAUAUACAAAAAGCUUGCAGUUAAACUCACUGACACAAAUGCACAUAUAACAGUGGCAAUAUAAAUACAUAAGGACCUCGUUAAGUAUAACUAUGCAAAUAUGCAUGAACAUUUACUACAUAAACGGUUCAUGAAAACUUGUCAUCAGUCUGUUUUAUAACCAAAAAGUUGAUAAUUCCCUAUGACCGUUAUUUCAAAUUUUUUUUUUGUUUUGUUUUGUUUAUGUACACGUGUGAAAAAUAUAACAUUUGUAAGAUUUUGGUGUUAACGAGAUGAGAUGCAUUAAAUGUUUCCUCCUUAUGUAGCAGUGAGUAUUGUUUUGUUAAUUAUGUAAUGCAUUUUAUUUUAUUUAAAGAGGUAUCAUUCCCAACUGUUUUUGUCCACAGUCAUACUGCUAAAUACCAACCCACUCUACAUAAUAUGAGAAUUAAAAGUUGUAGAAACAUGAAAGACAUUAUUUUUCAAGGUACAGUACAAAAAGGAAGUAUGUAGUGAGGUAGAGACAGAGUCACUUAAUUAUUACACUUAGGUCACGUAUUCAUCCGUACAUAAAUAUGUGGUUAAUGGCAUCUACUGUCGUGACAGGAAAAGUUGUGCCGAGCAGCAAUCAAAUCCACAGGAGGGUUUGUGCUGAGCAGCAAUCAUGCAAAUGGUAUCCUGAUAUUUGCCUUUGGGGUCAAAGGCCGGUUACAGCCAAUCGGAUCCACAAGAGGGGUAUUUAGGCCCAGUUCUCCUCUUGCUCAGUGACCUGUCGUGGUUUCAUGCCUAUGGUUAUCCGAGAGUGUGUUCCUGAGCUUGAUUUUUUUUUUUUUUUUUUUUUUUGGGAUUUGACUUCCCUGAUAUCCUUGACGGUUGACUUUUCCUCAUCUUUGUGUUUGAUUCUGUGUCCCUGACAUGGGCAAGUAUUUUGACUAUUCUUGGAGACGUUAAGUCCGGCCAUUCUAAGGUCCGGUUAUACGUUAUCCUUAGUCCUAGGUGUGACACAGUACUGCGUGCUGGAUCAACUUGUAAUCCUGACAACUUAACAGUGAAAAACAAAGAAUGGAAGGUAAAAGUCUACAUGCCUAUAUCUUAAUAAUCAAAUCCAGUAUCUGCUUGAUGCCUCCUCCAUCAUUGUACAUACAAUUAACUCACAAAGCACAAAACCUCCACAUAAUUCACUGUGGGGAAAAGAAACCUAUUCAUGAAUUGAGGUAUUAUUGAUUUAUUUUAUUAUUAUUAAAUAUUAAUUAUUUGAAUAAGAACAUCCUUAAACAUGUAUCUUCUAUUUAAAUUUCACCAUCUAAAUGCACUACCUGAGCUUUAUGGUAUUGGAAGUUGGAUUAACUCUGAAAAUUGACGUUUUGAUUAUUACCUGUAUGCAUGAUGGAUUCUUAAACUAGCUCAAGAAUGACCGACAAUUAUAUGGUCUGUUCAAAGCUUGUUAAAUACCAUGAAGUCUUCUUAACAUUAAAUGGAACUGAAUGGCAAUUUAUAUUUCUCGACUUCAGUCUAUCACAGCAGCAUCCCCAAAUUAAAUUUUAGUAUUACAGUGUUUUAUUACAAUUGCAGAAUAAAACACUAUCAGUAACAAUCAAGCUUGUUACUGAGUGUUUUAUUCUGUAAUUGUUUUUACUAUGGUCCCUGAGGAAGUUUUUUUGAAACGAAAUGCGUAGGACCAGUGACCUAUUAUUUGCUUUUAUAUAUUUUAAUUUUUUUUAACACAUUUGGAGUUCAUACAUUCUUUAUACCUACUGACUUGGUUCCUGAUUGCUGUACGGCAUACGAACAACAUAUACAGAGGAUCCUGACCUCCCACAGAGGGAAGGCACCCUUAAGGCGCCCUAACCUGUCACACAUGCGUAGAUGUUUGUCCUGAGAUUUUCUGGAUAGUUUAACCUUUCAGACCUGGAGAGCGAGUGUAAUCACAAGUGUCCAUAGUCUCUUCGUAAGAGACUAGCCUGCAAGCCUCUCUGCAAGGUUUUGCUUCACUCCUCCCCCUUAAUGGCAGACUAACCUGGAUCCUGACGUUGAUGCUUCUAGACAAUGCUUGCAGCAAGUUCCAAUUGCCAAGAUACAAGUUCCUGAAAUUAUAACAGCAAAAGCAAUUGACCGGUUGGCCGCUGAAAAUGAACAUGAUUGA